GACCGGCAGCGCCGGCUCACUCGCGAUUUUCACAUUCGACCGGCGUCUUGGUUUAAAGAGCCUCGGGGAGACGGACGAUGACUUGACUUCUGCCGCGAGAACGAAGCCGCGAGGCCCGCGAGCCGCAGUUGCCCGAGCACACGACGACGCCAUUCCCCCGUGGAGUGGACCCUGAAAGGAAAGAGGGAACGAGCGAAGAAAGCCCGGAGUGGCCCGACCCUGAAGAAGGAAGAACCCCUCGAGCUGGUCCCGCCUUUCGAAUCGAUCGAACGGUUUUCGAGCCCUAGCGAAUCGCUCCGCUGCGAGAGAAGAGGUCGAAGAAGACGUUGUCGAAGAGUUUGCCCCGAAGAAGGUGUUAAAGGACAAGGAGGUCCCAAGUUAGGGGAGGGACCGACCGGUCCUCCUCGACAUCGGAGUCUUCGAGAUCGGCAGGCACCAUGAAGCGCCAGCAGAAUUCGCAGGUGCAGCAGACCCAGCAGUCGCAGCAGACCAGCUCGCAGGUGCAGCAGCAGCAGCAGUACGUGCAACAGCGGACGGAGCGACAAGUAACGCGACAGCAGGUCACCAGUCAGCAGAGAGUGCAAGGGGAAAUAGUCAUGCAGACCUCGCCGAGCGUGCCAGCAUUCACCGGCAGACCCGGAGACCCUUCGCCUCCGGUCUUCGAGCAGAUCUUCAAGAACGCGCGCUUCGCCCAGGGCGGAGACGCGAUCUUCGAGGGUCGCGUCCGCGGAAAUCCGCGGCCCUUCGUCUCCUGGACCCACAAGGGAGCCCCCCUCAGGGACUCCCAGAAGAUCCAGAUGUCUUACGACGAGAAGACCGGAGUCGUCUCGCUGAGGAUCAACCACAUCGGUCCCGGGGACGAGGGAGAGUACACGUGCAACGCGAAGAACCAGUACGGCGAGGCCAUCUGCUCCGUGUACAUCCAACCCGAGGGAUUCGGGGAACCACCCCCACAGCAACGAUCGGGCUACAAGAAGGAGUUCUCGUCCUUCCGAACUACCGAAAAGACUACCGAUGGUAGUCAGACCUUCGAACAGCGAACCUAUCGACAAACUAUCGACGGGCAAAAUUAUUUGAACGGGUCCGCGACCAGCGUGGACGAUUUCAAAGUGGACACUUUCGAGUACCGACUUCUCCGCGAGACCGAGUUCCGCGAGUCGAUAACUCGCCGGUUCAUCGGGGAGAUCGACUCGCAGAUCUCGACGAUCAUCGAGCGCUCUUCAGGGCCGGUUUCGUCGCCCAGGAUCACCCAGAAGCCGAGGAACUCGAAGCUGGUCGAGGGCUCGGACGCGAUCUUCUUGGCGAAGGUCGCAGCGAACCCGAAGCCUCGCCUUACCUGGUUCAAGAACGGCCAAAGGAUCCGCGAAUCCCAGCACAUCGAGAUCCGCCAGGCCGACCAGCAGGCCACCCUCAGGGUGAAGCAAGCCCAACCCGAAGACAGCGGCCAUUACACUCUUCUCGCGGAGAAUCCUCAGGGUUGCACCGUCAGCUCGGCCUACCUGGCGAUCGAGUCCAGCCUCGAUCAGGUGGACCAGGCCAAGCAAUCCACUCGACAGAUCCCGGUCUAUCCCCCUGCAGAACCUGCCGUCAUAUCCGAAGCCGAACAGGGCAAAGCCCUGCCGCCCAAUUUCGUGCGCACCUGCGCCGACCGCGAGGUCACCGAGGGCAAGAUGACCAGGUUCGAUUGCCGAGUGACGGGAAGGCCAUACCCUGAAGUGACGUGGUACGUAAACGGACAGGUCGUGGUGAACGAUGCGACCCACAAGAUCCUGGUGAACGAGUCGGGGAACAACUCGCUGAUGAUCACGAACGUCGGUCGCGCCGACGCCGGCGUCGUCACCUGCGUCGCCCGUAACAAGGCGGGAGAGACCUCCUUUCAAUGUAAUCUGCUCGUAAUCGAGAAGGAACAGGUCGUGGCCCCGAAAUUCGUCGAGAGAUUCACAACCACGACCGUCAAGGAAGGCGAGCCCGUCGUCUUCACCGCGAGAGCGGUCGGCACCCCGAUUCCGCGGAUUUCCUGGCAGAAGGAUGGUGUACCGAUCGCGCCUAGUCCCGAUGUGAGAGUGACCGUCGACGGCAGUGGAGCCUCCACCUUGGACAUAGCCCAAACAAGGUACUCGGAUGCAGCCUGGUACCAAUGCACGGCACAAAAUGUCGCUGGUUCCACUGCUACCAGGGCGAGGCUCUUUGUCGAAACCCCGAAGGGAACCACCCCUGAACCAAGACGCUUAAACCUACCCCGACCGACGAGAGUCAUCGAACCGGAACCAGCGCCUGGCCCCGAAGUGAUCUAUCUGAAGCACGUGGAACGUGCCAAGCCGCACCUGCCGGCCCACGAGGAGGACAGGAUCUAUCCACCCCCGCAGUUCAUCGUGCCCCUGCGCGACCUGGAUCGAGCAGAGGGUGGACGCGCUCACUUCGAGGCCAGAAUCGAACCGGUGGGCGACCCGACCAUGAGGGUGGAGUGGUAUGUCAACGGUAGAGCUUUGGAAGCCAGCUCCCGCGCGACUUCCGUCUUCCGCUUUGGCUUUAUCGCCCUAGAUCUGAUUAGCGUGACCAUCCAGGACAGUGGCGAAUAUUUUUGUCGCGUUGUCAGCUCGACGGGAGUCGCAGAAUCUCGCGCCACCCUCUGCGUGACGCCUCGCGCCACGAUCGAACGAAGCAGCCAGCACCCCGACAGCCUGCAGUACAUCCAGCAGCUCGAGGACUACUCCAAGUACCAGCGACAGGAGAGUCUCGAAGAGAUCACCGCCCAGCGCCCGGUCUUCAUCAGGCCGCUGCAGGACCUAGGUGAGCUCCAGGAAGGCAGGAACGCGCACUUCGAGGCGCAGCUCACCCCUGUCAGCGACCCCACCAUGAGAGUGGAGUGGUACAAGGACGGAAGACCCAUCACGGCCAGCUCGAGAAUCACGACCAUCUUCAACUUCGGAUACGUCUCGCUCAAUAUACUGCACCUACGGGCCGAAGAUGCCGGUUCUUACACGGUCAGGGCCGUGAACCGCCUGGGAGAGGCGAUCGGAACGGCGAACCUCCGAGUUCUGGCACGCACCAGCGUGACGACCGACUUAGGGAUCCCCGAGCAGCAGCGGUACAUCGAGGCCGCCGAGGAGCUCGAGGCCUACCAGCAGGCGAUGCACCAGAAGUACGUGCAGGAGCUACCCGAGUGCGCCAGCCCACCGGAAUUCAAGUCCCCCAUCAAGGACCAGAUCAACGUACGAGAGGGCGGAUUCGCCCAUUUCGAAGCUCGACUGGAGCCCGUCGGCGACGCCAAUCUGCGCGUCGAGUGGCUCAAGGACGGUCGCCCCGUGGAAGCUAGUUCCAGGAUAACGACCUUCUUCAACUUCGGCUACGUGGCCCUAACCCUGAAGUACGUGACCAUCCACGACGUGGGCAUCUACACCUGCCACGCGUUCAACCGCGCCGGAGAGGCUCGCACCACGGCCCAGCUGAGUGUGGUCACCAAGGACGACAUCGUCUACGACAGCCAACACCCGAGUGGUCUGCAGAAGAUCCAGAGUCUGGAGGACUCGAGCAGGUACUCGAGGCAGGUCCAGGAAGAGACCCAAGUGACCCAGGCGCCGCGGUUCCUGGGGCCCCUGAAGGGCACCAACAAGAUCGUGGAGGGCCAAAGGGCCCACUUCGAGGCCCGGGUCGAGCCCCAGAGCGACCUCACCAUGAAGAUCGAGUGGUACCGCGACGGGAAGGCCAUCACGGCCGCGAAUAGAAUCCAGACCUACCACGACUUCGGGUACGUGGCCAUAGACAUACUCCAGGUGCGCCCCGAAGACGCGGGGACGUACACCGUGGUGGCCAGGAACGCCCUCGGAGAGGCCCAACUAUCGGCCACCAUGAUAGUCGAAACGCGCUCGGCGAUCGACACGAGUAGUACCCAUCGGGGUAUCUACGAGAAGACGCAGCGCCUCGAGGAGUCGCGCUUCGUGGAGCCCAGGUACCACGUGGAGGAGAUCUCCAAGUCGAAGCCGAUUUUCGUGCAACCCCUGAGCGAACCUAGACCCGUCAGCGAGGGGAAGAAUAUCCACCUGGAGUGCAGAUUGGAACCCAUGGGAGACCCCACGAUGCGCGUCGAGUGGUUCCAAAAUGGCCGACCGGUGACCGUGGGCUCCAGGUUCCGUACCUACUACGACUUCGGCUUCGUCGCCCUGGACAUCGUCCACGCGACAGCCCUGGACACGGGAGAGUACACGGUCAGGGCGACGAACCACCUGGGAACGGCUCACACCUCCGCCUGCGUCAGGGUCAUAGGUCGCUCCGACGUGCUGACGGAUUCCCAGAACGAGCAGUCCCUGGAGCAGAUCCAGAUGCUGGAGGACUCCUCGAGGCAGCGCAGGACCCUGAAGGAGGACGUGACGAUCGUCCAGCCCCCCAGGUUCACCAGGCCCCUGAAGAACGUGGAGACCGUGGAGCUGACCAACGUCCACCUGGAGUGUCGACUCCAACCCGUGGGGGAUGCGACGAUGAGAGUCGAAUGGUUCGUCAACGGCGUUCCCGUGAAGACCGGGCACAGGUUCAGGCCUUCCUAUGAGUUCGACUACGUCGCCCUGGACAUUCUUGGGGUCUACCCUGAUGAUUCCGGGGUCUACACCUGCCAUGCCAGGAACCAGCUGGGAGAAGCCGUCACCUCCUGCUCCGUCAGGGUUCACGCUAAGAAGGAUCUAUUGCUCGAGUCGCAGCACCCGGAGGGGUUGGAGAGGAUCCAGUACCUCGAAGACGCCUCCAGGUACAAGAGGAACGAACUGGUCGACGAGGUCGUCAUGGUCAAGCCCAAGUUCGUCACCGCCCCGAAGGGCCAGGAGAACCUGAGGGAGGGCCAACACGCGCACUUUGAGUGCAAACUGGAGCCCGUGACCGACUCGAAUCUCAAAGUCGAGUGGUACAAAAAUGGACGCCCCGUAACCAUUGGACAUCGCUUCCGGCCCAUCCACGACUUCGGGUACGUAGCUUUGGACGUGAUCGACCUUAUUGCCGAAGACUCCGGAACUUACACCUGUCGCGCCGUCAACCUUGUCGGAAGCGACGAAGUCACCUGCAGUUUGGGAUGUCGUUCGACGGCCCAGAUCUUGACGGAUACCCAGAACGAAGUCGGCCUCGAGCAGAUCCAUUAUCUAGAAGACAGGUCCAAGUACCACCGGCAGGAAGUCACGGAAGAGACCACCACCCAGGCUCCGAUCUUCACGACGUCCCUGAAGAACGUCGAAAUCAAGGAGGGCCAGAGAGCGCACUUCGAGUGCAGGUUGAUCCCGGUCUCGGAUGCGACCAUGAAGGUGGAGUGGUUCCACGAUAAUGUUCCCGUUAAGGCAGGAUCCAGAUUCGUCGAGACCAACAGCUUCGGCUUCGUCGCCCUCGACAUCAUGUACGCCUACCCUGAAGACUCGGGAACCUACACCUGCCGCGCCAAGAACGCCAUCGGGGAGGCCAUCACGUCGGCAUCCGCCAUGGUGCACUCCAAGAAGUCCAUCUACGCGGAGUCGCAGCACGAGGACGCUCUUCGGCGCCUCCAACACCUUGAAGACUCCUCCCGGUACCAAAGGAAAACCGUCCAGGAGGAAACCGUGUCCCAGGCUCCUGUCUUCACCAUGCCCAUCAAGGACCUCAGGGUGGCGGAGAACCAAGCCGCUCAUUUCGAGGCUCGCGUUAUCCCUGUUGGUGACGCGAGGUUGAAGGUGGAGUGGCUGAGGAAUGGAGUACCGAUUUCAGCUUCAAACCGAGUGACCACCAUGCACGACUUUGGCUACGUCGCCUUAAACAUGAAGUAUGUCAACCCCGAAGACUCCGGGACCUACACCUGCCGUGCAGUCAAUGAUCUUGGAGAAGCCGUGACCUCGGCCACCCUCUUCGUCCAGUCCAAGGCAGCCCUGCAGUUCGAGUCUCAGCACGAGAGCGCCUUGUCGAAGCUCCAGGCCUUGGAGGAAAGUGGAAGAUACCGUCGCAGAGAAGAAGAGGAGGUGGUGGCGACGGAGAAGCCCUCCUUCACGGUCCAACUGAAUGGGCCGAAAAAAUUGGUGGAGGGCCAAAGCGCCCACUACGAAUGUCGCAUCGAGCCCUACCCUGACGCACACAUGAAGGUGGAGUGGUACCACAAUGGGAAGCCGCUGACCACAGGUCACAGGUACAGGACAGCCUGCGAUUUCGGAUUCGCCUCUCUGGAUGUCCUGACGGUCUAUGCCGAAGACUCUGGGACCUACACUUGCAAGGCCACGAAUAAGCUGGGAUCAGCUCAGAGCUCGAUCGAGCUCCAGGUAGCACCUCGAGCCUCCAUCCUGAGGGAGACCCAACACGAGGGGGCUCUGCAGAAGAUCCAGUACCUUGAAGACGACUCCAGGUACAAACGCGUUACCGAAGAGGACACGAUCAUCGCGGAGAGGCCCAAGUUCGGUAGACCCCUGAAGAACGUCGAGCACCUCCCGGAAGGCAAAAACGCCCACGUGGAGGCGACCCUGACCCCCGUCAACGAUCCCACCAUGGUGGUCGAGUGGUUCAGGGACGGCAGGCCGAUUCCUCAGGGUCAUAGGUUCAAGACCACCUACGACUUCGGCUAUGUAGCUCUUGAUAUCUUGUACGCCUACCCUGAAGACUCUGGCACCUACAUGUGCAAGGCCAGGAACGCCGUUGGAGAGGCUGUCACCACCUGCGUCAUCUCCGUCGACUCUAAACAAGAUCUCUAUCUGGACACCUUGGACGCCCAGCGUCUGCAGAAGAUCCGCGAGCUGGAAGCCGUCGAGGUCAAGGAGGAGGUAGAGAAGGAAGUGGUCCACCAGAAGCCAGUUUUCCUAACACCCUUAAACAACCUGGACCACCUCAAGGAAGGAGAGCAUGCUCAUCUAGAGUGCCGAGUCGAGCCCAUCAACGACCCGAACCUGAAGAUAGAAUGGUUCGUCAACGGCAAGGCCAUCAAGACUGGCCAUCGUUUCCGCACCACCCACGACUUCGGGUACGUGGCCUUGGACAUCCUUUACACCUACUCCGAGGAUUCCGGAACGUACAUGUGCAAGGCCACCAACCUCGCCGGCGAGGCCGUCAAUACCUGCACCAUCAAAGUCUUGUCGAGGCGCAGCAUCCUCCUCGAGACGCAGCAUCCGGACGGCCUCGAGAAGAUCAGGGAACUGGAGUCCCAGGGAAGACCCGCGAGGUUAGAGGUCGAGGAACCACCCGUGACCCCACCGCGGUUCGUCACCGAGCUCAGGGGUACCACGGAGGUGUACGAGGGGCAAACGGCGCACUUCGAGUGUCAAGUGGAACCCCUGCACGAUGCAAAUCUGCGGAUCGAUUUCUUCCACAACGGAAAACCGCUUCCUUCGGCAUCCAGGUUCCACGUGACCUUCGACUUCGGCUACGUGGCCCUGGACAUAGGGCACGCGGUUCCAGAGGACGCUGGAGAGUACUCCGUGAAGGCUGUGAACACCCUGGGACAAUGCGUGUCCUCGAUCUCUCUCAGAGUGAUCCCCAGAGAGGACAUCAUCAGGGACUCCCAGAGACCAGAGGGUCUCGACAAGAUCCGCGAACUGGAGUCCCAGCAGCCCUGGAAGAGACCUGACGUCCCCGAGCCGGUGACCAGACAGAGGCCAGUCUUCACUCAGCCUCUUCAGAACAUCGACGACAUCCCCGAAGGACACACGGCUCACUUCGAGUGCCGCCUCAUUCCCGUGGGAGAUCCGACCCUGAAGGUGGAGUGGUUCAGGAACGAGACUCCUCUGGAGACCAGUUCGCGAAUCACCAAGGUCCACGACUUCGGGUACGUCGCCCUGGACAUCGUGCACGUCAGAGACGAGGACGAAGGAGUGUACAUGUGCAGAGCCUCUAAUCCUUUGGGAGAGGCGGUCACCACCGCUUCCAUGAAGAUUAAGACCAAAGCCAGCAUCCAGCUGGACAGCCAGCACCCUGAGGCGCAGCGCAAGAUCGCCCAGCUGGAGGCCGGCAAGGAACCGUCUCGCCCUGAAGAGCCCGACAAAGCCUUCGAUAAACCGAUAUUUACCCAAUUAUUGACCGGUCCCACCGAGCUUUGGGAAGGCCAGACUGCUCAUUACGAAUGCAGAGUGGUUCCCGUGGGAGAUGCCAGCCUCCGGUUCGAGUGGUACAUCAACGGCGUGGAGCUGAAGAUCGGGUCCCGCUUCCACGUGAGCCACGACUUCGGCUUCGUGACGUUGGACAUCCUGAAGGUGAUUCCUGAGGACUCCGGGGUCUACUCCUGCAAAGCCAUCAACAGGGCAGGCGAAGCGGUGUCUUCGAUUUCUCUGAAAGUCAAAGCCCGCUCGGCGAUAGUUGGAGACUCGAUCCAGCCGGACGCGUGGCAGAAGAUCCAACUUAAGGAGGCAGAGAUGAACAAAGUGCCGGAGAUGUUCGUGGACACGACUCCCCAGCAGGCGCCGGUGUUCACGAAGCACCUGGAGAGCCUGGACAAGCUGGCCGAGGGCCAGCACGCGUACCUGGAAGCGCAGGUGGAGCCCAGAGCCGACCCCAACCUGAGGGUGGAGUGGUUCAAGAACGGAGUGGCCCUGCAGACGGGCACCAGGUUGCGCAGCACCUUCGACUUCGGCCUGGUGACCCUCUCGGUGAACGGGGUCAGGACGGACGACUCGGCCCUCUACACCUGCAAGGCUACCAACCUGCUCGGCGAGGCGGUAUCCACCUGCAGCCUGAAAAUCGCCGACAAACACUGGCUCCUAGGAGACACCCUGCACCCAGACGCGUUGCCGAAGAUCGACGCCCUGGAGCAACCCAGGCCAGGUGGAGCCGAGCAACCGGAGCCCACGUACGAGCAACCGGUGUUCAUAACGCACCUGAACAACGUGGAGUGCACGGAGGGCGACAACGGGCACUUCGAGUGCAACGUCGAGCCCUCGAAGGACCCGACCAUGAAGAUCGAGUGGUUCCUGAACGGCAAGCCGUUGCCUACGGGAGCGAGGUACAAGUCGACUUACGACUUCGGCUACGUGGCCCUGGACAUCACCCACCUGUACGAAGAGGACUCCGGCAUCGUUACCGCCAAGGCCACGAACUCGAAGGGCUCGGCGCAGACCUCCGGGACCCUGAAGUGCAGGGCGAAGAAGAACAUCUACCUGGAGACGCAGCAUCCCCAGGGAGAGGCUGGUCUGGAGAAGGUGAAGGAGGCCGAAGACGCCUACUUGAGCAAGUACCGCAGAAGGGAUUCCGCUCCAGAGCAGGACUACCCGAAGCCGGUGUGGACCGUGCCCCUGAAGCCGGAGUUCAAGUUGGGCGAGUCCGAGCCUCUUCAUCUGGAGGGCCAGGUGGAGCCCAAGGACGACCCGAAUCUGAAGAUCGAGUGGUUCUUCAACGGCAAGGUCCUGGAGCACGGAUCCAGGUUCAAGAUGACCAGCGACUUCGGGUUCGUCACCCUGGACCUCACCGACGUCUACGACAGGGACUCGGGCAUCUACACCUGCAAGGCCAGCAACGCCAGAGGAGAGGCCUUCACCUCGAGCACCAUCUACUGCUACACGAAGGAGAGCAUCGUGGAGAGGUCUCAGCACCCGAAGGGCAAGGAGGGUCUGGAGGCCAUCCAAGACCUGGAGGAGUCCCUGAAGAGGCAAGACGCGACCGCGCCGGAGUCCGACGAGGGCCACCCACCGGUGUUCACCUCCCAGUUCGAGAACCUGACGGACCUGUCCGAGGGCGAGAUCGCGCACUUCGAGGCUUCCUUGACCCCCACCGGGGACCAGACCAUGGUGGUGGAGUGGUUCUACAACGGGAAGCCAUUGGAAGCCAGCCAUCGCAUCAGGACCGUCUAUGCCUUCGGAAUGGUGGUCCUGGAGGUGCUCGGCACCAAGAUCGAGGACUCCGGGACAUAUUCCUGCAGAGCCACCAACCGCUGGGGAAAGGCCGAGAUCAGCGUCGAGUUAGAAUGCGUGGACAAGUCCAAGGGCCAGAAACCGAGGUUCACCACACAGAUCAAGUCUCUGGAAGGCCUGCGAGAUGGACAAUCCGCGCACUUCGAGUGCACCCUGGUGCCAGUUGGAGACCCCAAGAUCAAGGUGGAGUGGUUCCACAAUGGACAGCCUCUGAGACACUCGUCGCGUUUCAAGAUGGUCUCUGACUUCGGGUUCGUGGUCAUGGACAUCGCAGGAGUGAUGGCCCAUGACACUGGCGAGUACGUCUGCAGGGCCAGCAAUGAAUACGGGGAGGACACCACCAGGGCGACCCUGUACUGCGUCGGGAAGGGUGGAGUUUAUUCGGACUCCCUUCAGCCGGAUUCUCUGGCUCGCAUCAGGGAACUCGAAACCGGAGGAGACAGACGUCCCACGGAUGCUGAGGCCGCCCCUAGUGCGGAGCCCCCCAGGUUCAUAACCCAGAUCACCGACAUUACCAAACUAGUCGAAGGUCAAUCCGCCCACUUCGAGGCGAGACUGGUACCGGUCAAUGAUCCCAAACUCAAGGUGGAGUGGUACUACAACGGCAAGAAGCUACCACACGGACAUCGGUACAGGACCUUCCACGACUUCGGCAUCGUGAUCCUCGACAUCCUCUACUGCUACGAGGAGAACUCCGGGGUGUACGAGUGCAGGGCCUUCAACGAGUACGGCGAGGACACCACGAAGGCGACCCUGAGGUGCCUCUCCAAAGCCAGCUUGAUCCUGGAGUCGCAGCUGCCGAAGGGCAUGGAGGGCGGCCUCGAGAAAAUCCAGACCCUGGAGGACUCGCUCAUCAAGACCAAGGAUGAAAAGGUCACCGAAGAGCGAGGCAAGGCCCCCGUCUUCACGGUCCCCCUGACCACCCUGGAUGGACUCAGAGAGGGCGAAAGUGCCCACUUCGAGGCGAGACUCACUCCCACCGAUGAUCCCAAACUCAAGGUGGAGUGGUUCUGGAACGGGAAGCCCCUAAGGACGGGCUCGAGGUUCCGCACGUUCUGCGACUUCGGGUUCGUCAUCCUCGAGAUAUCUCCGAUCUACCCUGAAGACUCCGGGGAGUAUAGCUGCCGCGCUACCAACGAUUACGGCGAGGCCGUCACCACCUGUUCCAUGAAGUGCUCAGGGAAGAGGAGCAUCAUCCUGGAGUCCCAGCUCCCGAAGGGCAUGGAGGGCACUAUCGACAAGAUCGCGGAACUGGAGGGCCUAGGGAACGAGCCUGGCCAGCAGAGCCCCGAUGACGACACUGGGAGACCCCCUGAAUUCGUCACCACACCUUCCGACCUGACCCUGGCGGAGAACUCACUGGCGCACUUCGAGUGUCGUCUUCUGCCCGUCAAUGACUCCAGCAUGAGAGUGGAGUGGUUCCAUAAUGGCAAACCCCUGCUGGCGGGAACCAGGGUGAAGACCAUCCACGACUUCGGGUUUGUUAUCCUUGAAGUCGCCAACUGCUACCAAAGGGAUGCUGGGCUGUACACCUGUAAAGCUACCAACAGGCAUGGAGAGGCCACCGUGUCCUGCAAGCUGCAGGUCAGGGGUCGCCAGGGCAUCGUCCUGGAGCCGCAGCUGCCCAACAACUUCAAGACUGGAACCGAAAGUAUCCAGAAACUCGAGGAGGCGCUCUAUAAGAGGGAUGAAAUCCGGACCGAAGAGGAGAGUCCUAAUCCACCCAGGUUCACGGUAGAGCUCAAGGACAUCGAAGUCGAAGAGGCUGGUCCCAGUCACUUUGACUGUCGUGUUGAACCCGUUGGUGAUCCUACCAUGCGCGUCGAUUGGUUCCACAAUGGAAGACCAUUUGCUACCGGAAGCAGGGUUCAUCAGAUCAAUGAUUUUGGAUUUAUCUCCCUGGAUCUCUCCUACACCUACGCCAGGGACAGUGGAGAGUACGUCUGCAGGGCCACCAAUAAGUGGGGAUCUGCCACUACCAAAGCUACCAUCACCUGCAUGUCCAAAAAGACCAUCGACUUCGAGUCUCAGCUGCCUAGCGGGAUGAGUGGAGAGAAGCUGAAGGAGCUGGAGCGAGGUCCGGUCUCCGAGCCAGCACCAGUUGAAGAGGCACCACGAAGACCACCUCGUUUCAUCACUCAAAUCCAAUCAGCCACUGUCGACGAAUCCGAGCCAGUCAGGUUCGAGUGUCGUGUGGAACCCAAGGACGAUCCGAACCUCCGAAUCGAGUGGUAUAGGAACGGAAAAGUGAUCCCUGCAGGACAUCGCUACAGAACCGUCUACGACAUGGGAUUCGUCUCGAUGGACAUCCUCUACGUCUACCCAGAAGACUCGGGAGAGUACGUCUGCAAGGCCAUCAACGACCUCGGAGAAGACACCACGAAGGCUUCCAUCUCUUGCAAGAAACUGCCCAGUAUAAUCCUGCAGAACCAAGUCCCGAAAGGCAUGAAGCGCUCGGAGGCGCUCAUGCAAAUGGAGGCGACGAUCAAGAAAUACACCUCCGAGGUCCACCUGACGGAGGACGACCUGUACGACGUCGACAAGAAGCAGCCUCCUCGAUUCGUCACCCAGAUCCAGGACAGAACCGACCUGGUGGAGAUGAACAGCACCAAGUUCGAGUGCCAGCUGGCGCCGGUCGGGGACCCCAACAUGAAAGUCGAAUGGUUCUUCAACGGGAAACCUCUUCCCCAGAAGAACCGCUUCACCCCGAUCUACGACUUCGGCUACGUCGCCAUGAACUUCGGCUGGGUCUACCCUGAAGACAGCGGAGAGUACCUCUGCAGGGCCACCAACCUCUACGGAUCCGACGAGACCAGGGCCGUCAUAAGGACUGCCGGCAAACCUGGCAUCAUCUACGAGUCGCAGCUUCCGAAGGGCAUGAAGAGCAUCGAGAUGAUCCGCGAGAUGGAAGCCGCCUGGCAAGUAGCCCCCGAAGAGGAUGCCGAAGAGGAGAAGGUCAGAGCGCCCCCGACGUUCGUCAGCAAGCCGGAGCCCGUCACCGUCGAAGAGGGCGACUGGUCCAGAUUCUGCUGCAGGGUGACGGGUCAUCCUCGACCUCGAGUCAUGUGGCUUAUCAACGGACACACCGUGGUUAACGGCUCCCGCUACAAGCUGACCUACGACGGCAUGUACCACCUGGACAUCCCGAAGACCCGUCAAUACGACAACGGCAAGGUGGAGGUCAUCGCCAGGAGCUCGGUGGGCGAGGCCAGGACGGAGACGGAGCUGAUCGUGAAACCUCGCAGCGACGACUACCGAGGAGUCCUGAAGAACUCACCUCGACCAUGGUACGAUUACGGGCUGACCCAGUACCAAUCGGAGCGACAGAAUACAGAGCUGGAGCGAGUCUUCGACGAACGACACCAGACCGUCUCCCAGGGCAUCGACAUCGCCACCGAGCACCUCGGGCAGAAGGUCUUCAAGGAACCCGAGACCGAAUGGCAGAAGUCCGUCAAGAGCAAGAAAAACGAGGACUACUAUACGAAGCUGAUGAGUCUGGAAGAGGAGCAAGUCCUGAAGGAGUCCAGACUCAGGGAGUCCAGCCACCAGUUCGCCAUCCCCGGGGACAAAGUCGUGGCCAGCUCGAUGGCCAAAGGAAUGGCCCACAAGUACCAGGAAAAUCUUGAGGCGCAGCCCCAGGAGACGACGACCCAGAAGACGACGACCACGACGACCACCCAGAAGAAGGCCCACGUCACGGAAGUGGACAUCGACUCGGAGAAGAUCAAGACCAGUGGACGAUAUCCUCCGGAACCAUCGGAAUCCACGGUCCAUGGGAAAGAGGUCCACGUGGCCAAGCAGAAGCAAACCCAGAAGGAGGUGAGGGGCGACGUGGAGAUCACCCGGAAGAUCACGGCCACGGAGACAACGGAAGUGGAGCACAAAGCGAAGACCCAGGAGAGGGUGGUCCAGGGCCCCACGAAACCCAGCAAGCCGCCAGUCUUCACGAAGAAGAUCCAACCCUGCAGAGCCUUCGAACAGGAGCAGGCGAAGUUCGAGGUGGAGUUCGACGGGGACCCCCUGCCGACCAUCAAAUGGUACCGCGAGGACUUCCCCAUCCAGAAUUCCUCGGACCUGCAGAUCUACACCUUCAGCACGAAGUCGGUGCUGAUCGUUCGGCAGGUCUUCAUGGAAGAUUCCGGAGUAUUCUCCGUGAUUGCGGAAAACCGUGGAGGCAAGGCCAAGUGCAGCGCCAACCUCGUUGUCGAGGAGCGCCGCCGCCAAUCCGGAAGAGGAGGCGCGGUUCCUCCGAGUUUCCUGUCCACUGUGCAGAGCACUACUGUAAAUGCCGGUCAACUUGCCAGAUUCGAUGCCAAGGUCUCUGGGACCAAGCCCCUCGACGUCUACUGGCUGAAGAAUGGCAAGAAGAUCACCGCUGACAUCCGCUACAAGACUCUGGAGGAAGACGGCACCUACACGCUCCUUAUCCUCGAGACGGUUCCUGAAGACGCAGGGAAAUACGAGUGCGUGGCCAUCAACGGCGCAGGUGAAGCUCGUUGUGAUGCCGAGUGCACCAUUCGAGGUCCCCAGACGGCAAAAGCUCCAGGAAAAGCUGGCAAACCAGGACCAGCUCCGGGUCCGGAAAAGGCCCCGAACGUCCUCGAACCCCUCAGAGAUAAGACCAUCAGAGAAGGAUCCUCCGUCGCCUUCGAGUGUCGUAUCUCCGGCCAGCCGACACCUACGAUAACCUGGAAGAAGGCCGACAAGGUUAUCAAGCCAUCCAAGUACUUUCAGAUGCAAAAAGACGGCGACCUCUGCACCCUGAGGAUCUCCGAGGCCUUCCCCGAGGACGAGGGCGUCUACAAGUGCAUCGCGAAGAACCCUGCAGGCGAGGUCACCACUUCCGCCAACCUGAGAGUCCUCGCUCCAGAUGGGGCGGACACGCUGCCGAAGUUGAGCCCCCUGAAGGACCAGAUCGUGUCAGAGGGCCAGCCAGCACAGUUCAAGACCCAGGUGACCCCGGCGAAGCCGAAGCCGACGAUCGAGUGGUACCGCGAGGGCGCCCUGAUCCCCAGGUCGCCCGACUUCCAGAUGAUCCACGAGGGCAACAACGCGGUCCUGCUGAUCGCGACGACCUACGAGGAAGACUCGGGCACGUUCACCUGUCGCGCGACCACGUCGGCGGGGACCGUCGAGACGUCCGCUAGGCUCAUCGUCAAAAAGAGAAGGGGAAUAGUCCAGGAGACCGCGGUUGCCGAAGAGGACCAUGCGCCGGGGAGGAAGGUCAAACCGAAGACGGGGACCAGGCCGGAAGAGGUCCUGGUACCUAGAGAAGGAGGGAUGGAAGAGGUCCUGGUACCUAGAGAAGGAGGGAUGGAAGAGGAAGGAGUACCCGAAGAGUCGGAUCUGCCCCUGGGGGAUGAGACCUUGCCCUGGAGGAGUGGGAGGGUCCCGAAGAGGCGUCCCGUACCUUGGAGGAGAGUCCAGGAAGAGGAGACGCACACGGAGACCUAUGUCGAAGAAGAGGACACGAAGGUCUUUACACAGAAGAAGGAUGUUCUUCGGAAGGUGAGGCCGUUGGAAGGCCCGAAGAAGGACGAGGCCAAGCCUUGGACGGAGGAAAAGGUUACCUUGAAGAGGGCUAAGGUGGAGAAGAAGGUCAUCCCUAAGGAGACCUUGGAGCAAGUCGAUUUGCAGCCGGUACCAAAGACUGUGAAGGAAGUAGAUGUGACGAAGAGGAGAGUGGAUGAAGAAGAGACGAGCACUGAGACGUUUUUUGAGGAUGAGGAGACGAGGAUUCUUACGGGUAAAAGGGAGGUGACCGAGAGGAGGACUUCGAGGUCCCUUGAAAGGCCGAAGGACGAGGCCAAGCCUUGGACGGAGGAGAAGGUUACCUUGAAGAGGGCUAAGGUGGAGAAAAAGAUCAUCCCUAAGGAGACCUUGGAACAAGUCGAUUUGCAGCCGGUACCAAAGACUGUGAAGGAGACCGAAGUCAUCACGAAGAAACGAGUUGAUGAAGAAGAGACGAGCAUUGAAACCUUCAUUGAAGACGAAGAGACAAGGAUACUUACUGGUAAAAGGGAGGUAACCGAGAGGAGGACGUCGAGGUCUCUAGAGAGGCCGAAGACAGAUGAGGCCAAGCCUUGGACGGAGGAGAGGGUUACCCUGAAGAGGGCUAAGGUGGAAAAGAAAAUAAUUCCUAAAGAGGCCUUGGAGCAAGUCAACUUGCAACCGGUACCAAAGACUGUGAAGGAGACCGAUGUCAUUACGAAGAAACGAGUUGAUGAAGAAGAGACGAGCACUGGAACCUUCGUUGAAGACGAAGAGACAAGGAUUCUUACGGAUAAAAGAGAGGUAACUGAGAGAAGGACUUCGAGAUCCCUUGAGAGGCCGAAAAAGGACGAGGCCAAACCUUGGACGGAGGAGAAGGUUACCCUGAAGAGGGCCAAGGUAGAGAAGAAGAUCAUCCCUAAGGAGACCUUGGAGCAAGUCGACUUGCAGCCGGUACCAAAGACGGUGAAGGAGACCGAAGUCGUAACCAGGAAACAAGUGGAUGAAGAAGUAACUCGAAAGGAAGACUACAUGGAAGAGGAAGACACAAGGAUCCUCACUUCGAAGAAGGAAAUAACUCAGAAGACGGUACCCAAACCUGAGGGACCCAAGCCCUGGACCGAGGAGAAGGUCGUCUUGAAGAAAGCUAAAGUCGAGAAGCACCGUGCCCCUGAAGAAACCCUCGAAGAGGUGACGCUGAAACCUGUGGUGACUCAGAAGACAGAACUCCGAAAGACCAGCAUUGAAAAAGUCGAAUUGAAGACCGUGGAUAGAAAGGAGGAACAAACUGUCCAACCAACUAAAGGAACAUACCACGUUGAAGAAGAUGACAAUCGCCUCGUUGUCGACAAAGACUUGGAAACGACGGAAAUCGUCGCGAAGAAGGUUAAGCCUAAAAAAGAAAUGAUUCCUGAAGAGAAGGUGGAGAAGAGCGAGGAAAAGAUUGAGCUAAAGCGUGGUCCUAAGAAGAAAGUCGAGGAACGUCUUAAACCUCAGGAUAAGAAGACUGAAGUUUCCACCUUCGUCCAAGAAGAGGAAUCCAAAAUCCUUCAAGUGGAGGAAACGAAGGAGGAGGAGAAAGUUGAGAAGGUGAAACCAAAGAAGGUAGAAAAACGCAUCGACUUAAAGAAACCUGAAGCUGACAAAUUUGUUGAGACUGAAGAGAUCACGUUGGAGAAGGUAACGAAAAAGAAGGACGUGGUUGAGGAAUCGAUAGAAUUGAAACCUGAAGAGAAACCCGAGGAAGAAGCCCCUGAAGAAGUGUCUCGACUUCCGUGGUUAAGGGGAAAGAAGCCACAAAAAACUGUGGUUCAAGUUCCUGAAGAGCGGACUGAAGACAUCAAGUCCGUUACCCUGAAGCCCGUGAAAAGAGCUCCGAAGGUCCAGGAGAAAGAGGAGAAGGAAGAAGUCCUUCUUAAACCUGUUAAGCGUCUGCCGAAGGAAGAAGAAGUACCUGAAGAGAUCAAGCUGAAGCCCGUCCCCAGGGCACCGGUUGAGGAAAAGGAACAGCAGCCUGAGUUAAGCCUGAAGAAGGUGGAAAAGAAGCCUGAAGUCGAAGAGAAAGAGACACCUUCCGAGGUUUCCAGGGCACCUUUGCGUCGCGUGAAGGAAGAGAAAAAAGACGCCGAACAGGUGAAGGCUGAAGAAGAAGUCGAAGAGAAAACGGAAGAAUCGGCUUUAACAUGGCGACGGGCUAAAAAGAAGAAGCCCCAAGUAGAGGAUAAAUCGACCUCAUAUAAACAAGAAGAGGAUACCAAACUUCUGGAGGUGCAGAAAGAGGAAGACACCAAGGUCGUGAAGGUAGCACAGGUUAAGGAAGAAGUUGAAGAGGAGAAGACAGAGGAAACAGCGGUGUCUUGGAGACGGCCUAAAAAGAAACCUGAAGAAAAGAAGACUCUUCCUUAUAAAGAGGAGGAAGACACUCGUCUCGUUGAAGAGAAACGAGAAGAAGAAGAGGUCAGCACGUUACCCUGGGUGAGAGGGAAGAAGAAGCCUAAGGACAAGGAAGAGAAGCCACUUGUACCUGAAGAAGCAAAGCCUGAGGAGAAACCCGAAGAGACCGAGGAAAGCUCUCAGUUGCCUUGGAUGCGACGUAAAAAGCCGCAGAGAAGUGUCAUCGAGAAACCUGAAGAGCAAGUUGAAGAUAUACGAUCGGUCAAAUUGACACCUGUCAAACGGGUCCCGAAGGAAGAAAAACCGGAAGAAAAGGAAGAGGUGACCUUAAAGCCGGUGGUGAGGAAACCGAAGGAGGAGGAGAUCAAGGAAACGAUUACGCUGAAGCCUGUGCCCACCGAAGAAGAGAAGCCUGAAGAAAAAGAGACAAAGGAAAUCACGCUGAAGCCCUCUGAAAAGGUGAAACCGAAACGGACGACCAAGAAACCUGAAAGAGAAGUUGAAGAGAUUUCGCCGAAAGAAGAGGUUCCCAGUAAGCCGGAAGUGAAGGAACUGAAGCCGGAACAGGUUGCACCGGUGAAGGAUGAAGAGAAACCUGAAGAAAAGACCGAGCUUCCCUGGCGCAGGGGUAAGAAACGUGAGGAAAAGAAAAUACCUGCUGAAGAAAAGGAGAAACCGGAAAAAAUGGAGGAAAAGGCACCAGAAGAAGUACCCGAAGAGAAGACCGAACUUCCUUGGAGGCGUGGAAAGAAACCUGUGAAGAAAAUCGUUCCAAGCGAAACUGAGAAGGAAGAAGUAAUAGUUUCCGUUCCGGAUAAACCUGAAGAGGAAAAAGUAGAGGUAACCUUGAAACCUAAGAAGCGACUUCCGAAGGAAGAAGAGACGAAGGAAGAGAUCGUCCUGAAACCGAUUCCUAAGAGAGUACCGGAGGAAAAGGAGAAACCUGAAGAAGUUGUUCUGAAACCUGUGAAGAGACUCCCGAAAGAAGAAGAAAGCAAGGAAGUUGGGUUGAAACCGGUGCCUAAAAAAGUCCCUGAAGAAGAGAAGAAACCCGAAGAGGUCAAGUUGAAACCGGUGAGGCGUUUACCUAAAGAAGAAGAGACGAAAGAGGAAGUGACGCUGAAGUCCAUCCCGAAGAAGGUUCCGAAAGAAGAAGGGAAGACUGAAGAAGUUUCCUUGAAGACUGGGAAACGUCUGCCGAAAGAAGAGGAAUCUGAGGAUGUGAGCUUGAAGCCGAUCCCUAAGAAACUUUCUGAAGAGAAACCGAAGGAGGAGGAAGUUACCUUGAAACCCGCGAAGAGACUACCAAAGGAAGAACAGGUUGAAGAGAAGGUGGAAUUAAAACCUAUUCCUAGGAGGGCUCCGAAGGAAGAGGUGAAACCUGAAGAGGUCGCUCUAAAGCCUGUAAAGAGGACACCGAAAGAAGAAGAAAAGGAAGAAGUGAAAUUGAAGCCCGUUCCUAAGAGAAUACCCGAAGAGGAGAAAAAACCUGAAGAAGUCACCCUGAAACCUGUGAAACGGCGACCAAAGGAAGAAGAGACCAAAGAGGAAGUAACCUUAAAGCCGAUUCCUAGGAAACCUUCGGAAGAAGAGGUUAAACCUGAAGAAGUUUCAUUAAAACCUGUGAAACGUCUACCUAAAGAGGAAGAGAAGGAAGAGGUAAAGUUGAAGCCGGUUCCUAAGAGACCCUUGGAAGAGGAAACGAAGCCUGAAGAAGUUAAACUGAAGCCAGUAAGAAGAAUUCCGAAAGAAGAAGAGGGCAAUGAGGAAGUGACCUUAAAGCCAAUUCCUAGGAAACCUUCUGAGGAAGAGGUUAAACCUGAAGAAGUUGCUCUAAAACCAGUGAAACGGAUACCGAAAGAAGAAGAGAAAGAAGAAGUGAAGUUGAAACCUAUUCCUAAGAGAAAACCUAAAGAAGAAGAGGAGAAGCCUGAAGAGAUUAGUUUGAAACCGGUGAGGCGACUGCCUAAGGAGGAAGAGGCCAAGGAAGAAGUUACCUUGAAGCCCAUUCCUAGGAAACCUUCUGAGGAAGAGAUUAAACCUGAAGAAGUUGCUCUAAAACCAGUGAAACGGGUACCGAAAGAAGAAGAGAAAGAAGAAGUGAAGUUGAAACCUAUUCCUAAGAGGAAACCUAAAGAAGAAGAGAAGCCUGAAGAGGUUAGCUUGAAACCGGUGAAGCGACUGCCCAAGGAGGAAGAGGCCAAAGAAGAAGUUACCUUGAAGCCCAUUCCUAGAAAACCAUCGGAGGAAGAAGAGAAACCUGAAGAGGUUAGCCUCAAACCCGUAAAACGAUUGCCCAAGGAGGAGGAAACCAAAGAAGAGGUAACCUUAAAGCCCGUUCCUAGGAAGCCUUCUAAGGAAGAGGAAAAACCUGAAGAAGUCAAAUUGAAACCUAUUCCUAAGAAACCAGCUGAAGAAGUAGCAAAAGUUCCUAAGGAGGAGGAACUGAUUCCUCGCAAAGUCGAAGAGAAACCUGAAGAGAAGGAAGUACCUUCCGAAGUCUCAGUGGAAAAGGUGUCAUGGCGACGAAGCAAAGUCCUGAAGAAACCUGAAGAGAAACCCGUCGACAAGGUCGAAGUCGUCGAACAGCCAGAAGCUCCGGAAGUAGUCGAAAUCAAACCUGAAGAAGUUGAAGAAACAAGACACACCGAGAGCCUGGAAAUCUCCUGGCGCAAAAAGCCGGAGAAGAAGACAAAGAAAGUCGUGGAGUUCAAAGAAGAGGUGACCGUGGUUCCCAUCGAAAGCCGAACGGAGAUCGUCGAGGAGAAGGUCGAGGUCACCACGGAGGAAGAAACGCAAAAAACGGCAGUUCCUUGGAUACGAGGAAGGAAAAAGCCAAAGCCCGUGAAAGACCUCUCCAAACAGGAAGAAACCAUCAAAAAGGUUACAGAAGAGCUCGUCAUCGAACUCGAAGAGAAGGUCCCUCAACCCGAAGAAAAGCCCACUCUACAGCCAGAGGUCGCCCCUGAAGAAGUCGAGGAAGAGAAGCCAUCCGAAACGACCGCAUUUCCAUGGAGGAGAGGAAAGAAGGUUCCAAAAGAAAAGCCAAAGAAACCCGAAGAGCAGAAGACACCUGAAGAGGUACCCGAAGAAAAGAUAACGGAAGAAAUCGUAAAGACCACGAUCGUCUCUCGGAAGAAGGUUCCCGAGAAACUGGAGGAAGAGAUCAUCCAGAUAGUUCCCGAAGAGCAUCCUGAAGAGGAGGCCGAUGAAACCACUGUGCUGGAGCGAACGGAAAAACGAAUCAAGAGGAAACAACGGACCCAAGUCGACAUUUCCAUCGCCGACAGAGACAAGAAAGUUGCACCUAGGUUCAUCAAGAAGUUGCAGCCGAUCGUCGCAGAGGUCGGAAAACCGGUGACGUUUGCUUGCACCGUCAUCGGCACUCCUUUUCCGGAAAUCGCGUGGUACCGAAACGAACAGGAACUGAAACCAAGCGAGAGGCACACGGCAUCCCUCGUGGAGAACACGGCCACCCUCGAAAUCGUCACCGUCACCGAAAGAGACGUCGGCAUCUACACCUGCAGAGCGUCGAACCCUGCAGGCGUCGCGACGACCACCGUCAACCUCGUCGUUCUCGAAAAAGAGGAAGAGGGCAUUGCCCCACGUUUUAUCAAACCGGUCAAGCCGUUGUUGGUUGAGGAAGGUCAGCCUGCCAGGAUGACCUGCGUCGUGACGGCCACGCCGGUUCCGGAAGUCAGGUGGUACCGGGGUCAAGAAGAGAUCCUGACCGACGAAGCGACGGAAGUGACCUUCACUCCGGAAACCGGCGAGACGGUUCUCACGAUUUUGCAUCCACAGCCUCUGGACCAGGCCAUUUAUCGGGUGAUAGCCACCAACAAAUUCGGACGAGCAGAAUGCAGAGCGAAUUUGGCAUUCGUCGCUCCUCAAGAGUUACCUGAAGAGAGCUUCACGGAGGAGCUUGCCCCGAUGAUCGUGAAAGAAUUGCCGAGAUUGGUCCCGGCAAAGGACGGCGAGCUGACGAGGCUCGAGGUGAAGUUCAGAGGCAAGCCGACUCCUCAAGCAAAAUGGCUGAAAGACGGCAUCGAGGUGAUUCCUUCGAGGGACUUCCAGAUCGAACAACCCGACGAGUUCACCUCGGUCCUGACAAUUGCCGAGACCUACCCUGACGACACCGGGGAGAUCACCUUCGAGGUGCACAACCCGCUGGGUGUGUCCACGACCACGACUUACCUCUCGGUGGAAGGAAUCGUCGGGACCAAGGUGUACAGGAAACCGGAGUGGGUGACCCAGAUGGAGGAGAUGCAGGAAGCUCUUCGAGCCACUCAGUCCGUGCCGCGAUUUAUUCAAGAGAUUACGGACAUCUACACCCAGGAAGGACAGACCGUGGUGUACGAGUGCACCUACUCGGGCAAUCCCGUUCCGGACGUGGUUUGGUACAAGAACGACAAGCUGGUGAAGAACACGGAGAACCUGAAGAUACGUAUACUGGACACGGAGAAGAAAACGACCUUAACCAUCAGAUCCGCCACUCGGGAGGACGAGGGCGUCUACGUCUGCAAAGCUACCAGCGAAAUCGGAUUGGCAGUCACAAAGGCCAAGCUGCGAGUGACGGAUGCGACCAGAGAGACGGAAGGGCCUGCGGAAGAAGAGCUGCAGGAGGCGAAGGUUGAGGUCAGACUGGAGAAGAAGAAGAAGCCCCUGCCAAAGAAGGCAAAGGAAACCAAAGAAAAAGUCAAGACCGAGCGCGUCAAGGUCGAUGCCAAGAAGAAGGUGGUCCUUGAAAAGGCUCUGGGACCGACCGAGCAACCCGAAGACAGAGCGAUCGUGGACGUCUCGGAGACCCGAGUGUUGGAGACCACGGAGACCAUCGAGGAGACCGCGCGGAAGCCGGCGCGGGCGACCAAGGUGAUACCGAUCCAGGAACCCGUUACCACGGCGGCAACGGCGUCCCUGAAGAAGAUCGACACCAAACCCGAGGAGAUCUCCUUCGACGCGACGGAGGAGCGCGCGAGGACCAUCAUCGAGGAGCGCCAGAGCGUCGUGGUCUCCGAGACGACGACCACCGAGGACAUCGUCCCUACCUUCGGAGAGGAGGUGACCACUGUCACCACCACGACCAGAAGAACCGAGACCAAGGAGACUCCCCGAAGGAAGAAGCCGAAGCCAGAGAAGAAGGCGAGCGUGGAGAGGGUGAUCGAGGAACACAGGGAGAAAAUCGCGAAAGAGGUCACGGAGACGAUGGAGUUGCUGAGUGCCAGGGACUUCGGCCCUGGGGAGUCUCCUCUUCGGGAACUGGCCACCAUCGGCUACCUGGUUCGCCAGGGUGUCUCCGUCCACGAGAUCAACGAGACCUUGUACAGAACCGAUGCCUUCCCAGCCCUGAGGACCCCCGACGCCCAGAACGCGCUGGUCCAGCUGGUGGAGAGAGAGGGCCAUGGGACCCUUGUCACUCAGGUACUUGCCGAAGAGACCACGACCGACGAGAGCGUGGUCGCCGCCACCGUGGGCUUCAGGGCCUUCAUGAGGAUGGUCGAGCUGCAGAGCGCCACCGUUGAAGAAGUGAUUGCUCACUUCGCCCCUGAAGACUUCCGCCCCAGAGCCUGGGAGGCUUCCGAGGCCAUCGAGGUGACCGAGACGGAGGACCGGAGGAUGAUCGAGCGGGUGGAGGAGGUCCGAGUGUCGGUGAGGAAGGACGAGCGGAAGACGGUGCUCAGGAGGGAUGUCCAGGAGAUCAAAGAAUACGAGGACACACGGCAAGCACAACACACGACACAGCUCAGGCUCAAAGACAGAAAACCACAGGAGCAGAUCGAGGAUAGGGAAGAGGGGGUGGUACAGGUGGUUGAGGUAGAGUCGGUGGAGGAGCAGCCUUCGUUGGAGGUCGAGAGGAAGGACACCAAGGAGGAAGAGGUCGAAGAGGAGGUCAUCGUGGUAGAGAGGGACUCGAGGGGCAGGCUGAUUCGCCGGAAGCAGCGCAGGAGCUCGGAGAUCGAGGUCAAAAAGGAAGUCGAGGUCGAAGUCGAGGAAGAGGCGCGGAGGCGGACGAUUCGGAAGCCGCGGAAGCCUCUCAAGCCAUCGACGGGCGAGGCCGAGAUCGAGCUGGAGGAGGUUGAGGAUUUCGAGGAGGACAAGGACAAGGCCUUGACCUCGAUCGCCCUCAACGUCCCCGGACAGCGGUACCAAGUGGUUCCGCUGGAUCGGACCACGGAACAGGCACCUGGAGUGCCCGAAACGGCCAAGGCCCAGCUGACCUUAGACGCGGUGCACGCCUUAACGGAGAGGUUGGUGCCCGUUCAGGAGAGGGAGGACGUCGUGGGGGAGGUCAAGCCGGAGGCCCGACGGGCUAAGGUCACCCUAGAGCCAGUGGAACCAUACACGACCUCGGAAACGACGGCUCAGGGGGCAACGGGAGCGUUCUCCGGGAAGUUCGCUCCGGCAACGGCGGAGGCCGUUCCCAGCGUGGUGUCCUCGACCUCGAGCGUCGUGGUCAGCGAAACCCGCGUGGAUGAUAAUCUCUCCAGAUUGGAGGUGCGUGUGGAGGACAAAAGAAGGGUGGACGUGACGGUAGAUUAUAGGGAGGUCGCCACGACGUUCGAGACUACCGUCGGGCAGACCGAGGUCCCCAGAGAGGACGAGGUCUUACCAAAGACGGCAACGGCGGAGGACACCAUUCUGCCUAGGCAGGAGCUAACCGUGUACGAGGUCAACGAGGCCUUGUUGGAAGGCGACCUCGAGACGAUCAAGCCCUUCGCCACGAAGCCUAAGGUCAAGUUGGCGCCUAACGAGCCUCUGGUGAUCGAAGAGGUCCUCCCAGAGGACAAACCUGGGAAGUACUAUCCGGAGCUGAUCGUACCGACGGAGACGGCGACUGAGUCGGUCAUCGAGCAACGCCAGAGGGUUACCGAGGUCAUCCACGCUCCCGAGAAGGAGGGCGAUUACGUACCUGGAAGACUUCCACUGGAGCAGAAGGCCCAAUUGGAUGUGACCUUUGGUGACACCAUGUUGACGGUUCGAGAACACGCCGUCAGGGAGAGCGAGGGCAUCCUGGAGGCCGACAGAAAGGUCGACCUCUUCAGGGCCGAGACUAAGGUUGACACCGUCGAGAGCAUUGCGGUGUCCACUGUCGGCACCGAACAGCGCGAGACGACCUUCACCGUCGAGGAGAGAAGGAAGGCCACUGCCGACCUUAACGUGGUCGAGGAGACCUCGCUGGUGACGGUGGAAACCGUCGUUUCGGAGAAGGAGAAAGAAUACCGGGCGGACGAGAGACCCGAGGCGAAGACGGCGGAGACCUCGAGGGCCCAUCCUCUCGAGGUCGGCACCAUUUACGGGACCUUAAUUCAGGAGUCCGAGGGCGAAUACAGCCCCUGGACGAGGCCAACCGCUGCCCUGGCGGAGAAAACCGUCGGCCAGAAGGAGCACGUCGAGGUCGUUUCCAUCGAAACUGCAGACUAUCCUGCAGACUUUGCCGACCACCUCAAGUACAUAACGGAGAGCGGAGAGGUCAAGGUCGAGCUCACCGAGGCCAAGUUCGUGAGGGAGACCCUCGCCCACGAUCGCGAGGUCGACAUGCCAGAAGCAGUGAAACCGGAGCAACGAACGGUGGACACCUCCUUUGAGGCCAUCCGCGGGAUCGAGGUCAGUCAAACCACCUCGGUGGAGAAGGAAUCCGACCUCGCGGUGUACCAACUUCCCGAGAGCCAUCGAGGCAAGCGGGUGCCCGCCUCUGAGGUGCGCUCCCUAAAGGUCGAGGUCACGCAGCCAGAGGAGGGAACCGGAGAAGUCGUGGACGUGGUCCCGACCUCGGCCAAGGCGAACAUAGGCCAGACCGAGGUCAGAGCAGGAGCGGUCACCGCGGAAACCGUGACAGCCGAGAGUGCUACUCCUGUAACCGACCUCACCGCUCCGGACAGUAAGGUCGCCGAAGUAAGCAUAAACGAGGCCUCGAGCGUGCACACGACUGAGGUCACCGUCAUAGAGAGGGAGACCGAGUACGACCGGGAGGCCCGACCUUUAGUCGAGGUCGCAUCAUCGACGACUAUCACACCUCUCGGCGCUGCCAGCCACGAAGAGGUCAGGACCGAAUCGCCGACUGGCGAGUAUCGACCUCACGUUCCAAAGACAGGAACCGCGCUUCCAUCUCAGGUUCCUUUGGAAGGUAUCACGGUCAGCAUGCAGGAGGUCGCGGAGAAGGAAGCUGCAUAUGUGGAUGAGGUCAGGCCGAAAGGUAAAACUGCCCUUGUGGAGCUAUCCGAAGCGAGGCCGGCCUCGAGCGUCCUCGAGGUCGUGGCCCACGACGCGGAGAGUACUUACGACGAGAGUGGACCUCGACCUCAAGCUGUCAGUGCCAAGCCAAUGCUGACCUCUACCACCGGCAGCGUGGCUGUCAAAUCUGAGACCAUCCCGGAACUGGGAACCGGCUCGAUCAAACCUGAAGACCUCGAAACUGCGAAGGCGUUACGCAGGAGCGACGCUCUUCAAGAACUACAGGUGACGGAGACAACCGUAGCCGAGACGGAGAAACCGAGGUCGGAAGACUUGAAACCGGAGUCGAAGAGCGCCGAAGUCGGAGUCGUCACGAGGACGGAGAAUCUGACGGUAACAGAGAUCGUCACCGAAUCUCGGGAAAGCAUUUUGGAAACAGAAGAAAAACCACAGGAACGAACAGUUAAGGUCGACCUUAUAUCUGGCCACGAGGUCGCGCAGACGCAGGAGACGGUGGCUUCGGCAAACGUGGUCGACCUCGUCGAGGAGAAGCCGAAAGGUGAGGUCGCCCAAGAAAAACAGAGUGGAUUAGAGGUCGUCCUCCAAUCGGAAACGUCGACAUCCGAGAAAGAGGCACCAUUGAUAGAGGAUGUUAAGCCCGACAGGAAGAAAGUCGACAUCGCUUUCGAGGAAGGUGAAGGCGUCGAGGUCACUUUCGUACACCCCGAGGACAAGGAGGCAGAUCUAGCAGACAAGGAACGGCCGAAAUCCGCCGAGGCUAAGGUCGACCUCGAGACCCAGCACGUCGUCGCCUCGAAGUUCGAGGUCGUAAGUGGAUCGGGCUUAGGCGAGGUCGCCGAAGUCGAGAAACCUGCGGAUCAGAAGCCGAAGACCUCUGUCUUGCCGUUUGAGGCCGCAGUGGCUGAGGUCGUGGUCGGAGGAGAGGCCGAGGCCCCGUUCCAGGAGGUCGCGAGAAACGAGGGUCGCACCGCGACCUUAGAAUUAGACCUGAACGAGAGUGUGAUCGUCUCGGACGUAGUCACAGGAGUGAAGGAAGAGGCUCUGCCAAAGGAAGAGCAACCAGAGGGAAAAUCAGCGGUGGUCGACCUCCCUGGCGACCUCAGAGGCGUGGCUCAGGUCACUGAAACGCGAGCUGAGGACAAGACCGACGAGCUGGCACCCGAGGUGCCCUCCACCGCCACAGCAGAGGUGGACCACGUCACUUUCCGGUCUCUGGUCGCAAUGGAGACCUCGACGGGAGACUUAGAGGGCACCAUGGCGGACUUCGUCAAGCCGGAGGAGAAGAAGGUCGAGGUCGGCCUGGAGGAGGGCACGAUAAGUCUGACCGUGACGCAGACGGUAACGGGAGACAGAGAGGCGGAGUACAUAGGGAAACCUCAAUUGGAAACCGAACACGCGAAGACGAGCUACGACGCCCACGGAGUGGCGACCUCGAUCGAGGUCAUCGCCGGAGGUGGGACCAGGGUCCUGGAGAGCGAGAGACCUCGAGAUCGAGUGGCUCAUCCAGAGCACGUCCCAUUCGAGAGCCUCGUCCAAACCGAGGCCACUGUCUCCGAGGUCGAGGUCGAAUUCCAAGGCAAACCUACACCUACGGCUCUUGCCAACCUCGCGAUAAACGAAAAUGUCAAUCUCACGGUGACCGAGAUUACCGCCGAGGACAGGGAGACCACCUUGAAAACCGAAGAGCAACCGGAAGGGAAAACCGCCCAGGUGGACAUGGAAUUCACUGGCCAAAUCAUCGCGGAAAGAUUUGAGGUCACAACGGAGGUCAGCGCUGAGAAGCUGGAGACCUCGAAGCCGAUCUCCGCGUCAGCCACCCCUGCAUCGAUUCCUUUGGAGACAGUCGUGAGAACGGAAACCCAACCGACCGAGGCGGAAGGUCCAUUCGAGGUCGGCCAGUUACCAGCUGGCGGGAUCGCGGACUUCUCCGUGGUCGAGGGCCAGCCCUUGACCUCGAUCUCCUACGUCACUUUACAGGACAAAGAGGGAGAGUACAAACCAGGAGAAUUGCCGGAAACAAAGCGGGUAGGAGUGCGAUUGGACGUGGACAUGCGCCCAGUCGCCGAGAAAACGGAACUCGUCCCUGACCUCGGAAUAGGAGAACUGGUCGAGGUCAAACCUGAGACAGGAACUGCCAUCCCAGAUCAGGUUCCUUUCGUGCCCCUGGAAGAGACUCAGCCAAUGGUUGCCGAAAAGGAAGGAGACCUUCCUGCAGACCUUAAACCGGAGGACAGACGGGCGAUCGUCGACUUCGAGGCCGAGAGGACGUGCACCGUGACCGAGGUCACGACCGCGGACAAAGAAACCACCUACAUCCCGGAAGUACUUCCUUCGCAGCACGUGGCCUCGCCUGGAAUCGACCUCACUCACGGAAUCGCCGAAACGACCGACGUGACGACCUCAGAUACCCUCGAUGAGAAGAGGGUGGAGUACUUACAGCCAGAAACUCGCUUGGCCUCGACCUCGCAAGAACUUUAUCGCAGUUUAAUUGUCUCCCAGCAAGUUGCCCAAGACCACGAGAAGACGUUCGAGGACAAGUUCAAGGCCGAAACACACGACGUCGAGGUCACCGUCGAGGCUGAGGAGAGGAGAGUGACUAGCGUGACGGAGAUCACGACCGGCACGAAAGAGGGCAAGUUGGAAGACCUCGACAAGGCUGCCUUGAGUCGCGAGGUCAAGCCCACCUUCGUUCCGGGAGGUUUCGAGGUCGCAGAGAAGUCGGAGGUGGUACCAGACAUGAGCACCGGUGAGGCUGAGAUAAUUAAACCGACCUCAGCGACGGCUAAGGUCGACCAAAGACCAUUCGAAACGGUCCAAAUGACGGAGGAGGUUCUGGCUGAAAAAGAGGCCGAACGGGUGGCGGACAGACUACCAGGAACCACCAAAGCGAACCUGACCUUUAACGAAGAGCAGUCCUUAACCGUCCUCGAAACAACAGCCUCGAGUCAUGUGGUUGAGGACGAAUUCGUAGAUGUGAAGCCUAAAAGAGAGGAAGUAGCCGUGCCAGCUUUCCAAGGUCAGCUGGUGGCAGAACGGACCGAGGUCUCGACCCAAGAGGCCGUUGGCCUCGUCGAGGUCACCACUUUUAAGGGGACCGAAGCCCACGAAAUCCGCGAUACCCUCGAGAGCGUCAGCGUGACGGAGGCCAUCACCAACGAGAUGCCCACGGACUUCUCCGGGAAAUUCGAGGUCGAGGAGCGACGCAUCGACGUCAGCUAUGUCGAGGGUAGGAGCAUAUCCGUCGCUCAGGUCGUGCCCGACGACAGAAUGGAGGACAUGACGACUUCAAAGGCUCCAGAAAGCAUCGCCAGCGUCGGGUUAACGAGGGUCGGCAGAGAGGUCGCCCAACGAGCUGAGGUCUUCGUCGGCCAGAACGUCGGCCUCGUUGAAGAGUUCCGAACCGAAGAACGUACAGCUCGUCCGAAACAAGACGAAUUGAUACCGGUCGUUGUCGAAGAGGUCCCUACGGCAGAGAAGGAAGCGACUUUCGAAGAUCGUCCCAGAGCGACGCCGACCUCGGCCGUGACGGCCUUCGAGGAGGGACGAGGUCUUUCCGUCGUUGAGGUCACCUCGGCCGAAAGGGAAUCCACCUUGGAAGAGCAGAAAUUACUUGAAUCGAGAACGGCUACGAGAAACAUCGUCAUCGAGCACACCUCCGUCGAGACCACCAUGGUGGAAUCUCAGGUCGACAUGAAAGACAAGCCGAUCGAGGUCAAGCCCGAGUCUAGAGUGGCCAUCCCAGGACAGGAGACCUUCGAGAGUCUCACCGUCACGGAGAACCUCGUCGAAGAGUCUGAGACACCCUUCGAGGGUAAAUUCGUUCCAACAACCCAACGAGCUAACCUCGACAUUCAAGAAGUAAGGUCCCUCCAGGUUUCGGAGACCACCACCGAGGAUAAGGAGGAGAACCUCGAGAUGACCUUAAGGCGCAUCGAGGCCAACGCCUCUGCGGCCUUCAGCGUGUUCGAGUCGGUCGAGAAGUCCGAGGUCGAGGUCGUCCACGGUACCGGCGAGGUCCUGGAAGAGAAGCCCUCGACCUCGCAGGCGACGGUCACGAGGAGCACCCUGGAAAGUGUCAUCGAAACGGAAACAACUCUGGGAGAGACCGAACUGGCGUUUGAAGGGAAAUUCCAUGCACCGGAACGGAGAGGUCAUCCUCAGGUCGAUGGCCUGACCUCGGUCACCAUCACCGAGAUCCUUUCGAACGAGGCCGAAGAAACUCUUCCGACCGAGGAGACCCCAAAAAGCAGAAAGGCCCAGCCGACCUUAACCGGAAGAGAGGUCGCAGAGACCUUGCAGGUUGUCACUGACACUACUUUGGGAGAACUUGAAGGACCCAGAGUACUAGAAUCAACUGGAACCAGGAAGGUCGAGGAGAUGAGCUCCGUGACAGUAUCCGAGGUCUUUUCGACGGAGGUCGAGGGAGAACUGAAAAGUGAGGUCAAGCCAAAGGAUCAACAGGCUUUGCCCUCGGUUUCUGGAAGAGAAGCCGUCGAGACCACCCAAGUUCUGGCUGUGGCGAACGUUGAAGAGUUCCUGGCUGGCGAGAAACCUGAGUCUAGACAGAUUCGACCGACCCUCGACGAGAUGACCUCGAUCAUGGUCUCCCAAGUGACGGAAAGCGAGGUCGAGGGGACUCUACCCAGCCCAGAGGUACCAAAAGGAAAAAUGGCAGAACCAAGCCUCUUCGGCAGAGAAGUUGCGCAGACGAUGCAGGUAUCCACUGUGAGUACAGUCUCGGAGAUGUCGAUCCAAGAAAAACCAAAAGAAGAAAAAGUGGAGUCGAAAUUCGAGCAGAUGUCAUCCGUAACCGUUGUGCAGACCUUAUCGAACGAGAAGGAGGAGACCUUACCAGCUCCGCAGCUUCCUGGAGAACAGACCGCGCGACCGAAUCUCCUGGGGCGAGAGAUCGCCGAGACAACCCAGGUGACAACUGUAAGCACCGUGGAAGAAAUGGCACCAGCAGCAAAAUUACCCGAAGAACACAAGGGCCAACCUAAACUGGAAGAGCUGACAUCGGUGACAGUGACGCAAACGGUGUCCGGAGAAACCGAAGAGACCUUACCGGAAGCGUUGGUCCCGAGUGAACAAACGGCGAAGACGCACCUCUUCGGCAGGGAAAUCGCAGAAACCACGCAGGUGACAACGGUAACCAGCGUCGAAGAAAUGGUCACACCAAGAGGCCCAGAAGAACAGAAGGGAGUGCCCGGACUGGAGGAGCUGACCUCGAUCAGUGUCCUGCAGACCUUAUCGAAUGAAGCCGAAGACGUGCUCCCAGCUCCGGAAAAGCCGACAGAGAAGACGGCGCAGCCUGCCAUCCUAGGCAGGGAAAUCGCCGAGACCAUCCAGGUGACAACGGCUACAAGCCUGGGAGAGAUGGAGAAGCCAAUCGGUCCUGACGAGCAAAAGGUCAGGCCUACGUUGGACGAGCUGACCUCGUUGACGAUCUCACAGGUCGUGUCGAACGAGGCCGAAGACGUCCUUCCCAGCCCCGAGGUCCCGAAGGGUAAGGUCGCCCAGCCGAGUCUUCUGGGCAGGGAAAUAGCCGAAGUGUCGGAGGUGACCACGGUCGCCAGCGUCGAGGAGUUCCUGAAGAAAGAGGCUCCACUUGGGCAGAAGGGAGAACGCAUAUUAGAGGAACUGACCUCCCUGACGGUUUCUCAGGUCGUUUCCUCGGAGAUAGAAGAGACCUUGAUCAGCGAAGAGAUGCCGAAGGGGAAGACGGCGCAACCUGGUCUUCUGGGUAGGGAGAUUGCCGAGACCUCUCAGGUGACGACGGUCAGCAGCGUCGAGGAGCUGGUCGUGCCAAAGGGCCCUGAAGAGCAGAAAGGAGUACCUGGAUUGGAAGAACUUACCUCGGUGACCGUGAUGCAGACCCUGUCGAACGAAGCUGAAGAGGCGAUGCCAGCUCCGGAGGCCCCCAGUGAGAAGAUGGCACAGCCAUCUCUUCAGGGUAGGGAGAUCGCAGAGACCACCCAGGUGCAUCCCGUAGAGAACGUCGGAGAGGUGUCGGAGCUGAUCAAGCCUGAAGAGCAGAAGGGGAAGCCAAAAUUGGACGAGCUCACUUCGUUGACGAUCUCGCAGAUCGUGUCCUCGGAGGCUGAAGAGGUCCUUCCAAGCCCUGAAGUCCCGAAGGAGAAGGUCGCCCAGCCUGCGCUCUUCGGUCGCGAAACCGCGGAAGUGACCGAGAUCACAAUGGCGUCCAGCGUGGAAGAGUUCGCCAAAGAGAAAGCCCCUGAAGAGCAGAAGGGAACACCGCAAUUAGAGGAGCUCUCCUCCGUGACCGUUCUGCAGACUGUGUCCGGCGAGGUGGAGGAGGUUCUCCCAGCUCCGGAACUGCCAAAUGAGAAGACGGCACAGCCCUCUCUUCAGGGUAGAGAGAUCGCAGAAACCACGCUGAUCCACCCCUCGGACAACCUCGGAGAGAUGUCGGAAGCGAUUCGUCCUGAAGAGCAGAAGGGCCGUCCGAAACUCGACGAAUUUACAUCCAUAACGGUGUCGGAGGUCACGGCCACCGAGGAAGAGGAGACCCUGAAGAAGGCCCUCGCCCCGAAGGAGGAAGCGGCUAGACCCAGUUUGCUGGGAAGAGAAGUUGCGGAAACCACGGAAGUGACGACCUCGAUCAGCGUUGAAGAACUUCUAGAAGGGAAACGUCCUGAAGAGCAGCGGGGCAAACCUGGACUGAGCGAAAUGACGGCCUUGACGAUCUCGCAGGUCACGUCUAGCGAAACUGGAGUGACCUUGCCGAGCCAGGAGGUGCCCUCGGAAGGCUCGGUGACGACCAGCCUCUUCGGGAGAGAGGUCGCCCAGACAACUGAGGUCGUCACCGUGGACCGUCUCGAAGAGUAUCUCUCCAUCGCACCUGACGAGAAGAGGGGAAUUCCAAGCGUGGACGAGCUGUCAGCCUUGACGGUCUCCCAGGUGACGACCACCGAGGAGGAGGACUUCCUGGAGAGUCCCAGAGUUCCGAAGAUGGAGGAGGCGCAGCCGAGUCUGCUCGGAAGAGAAGUUGCAGAGACUACCGAGGUCACCACCGCCCUCGCCGUCGAGGACUUCUCCAAACCCAGACACCCUGACGAGCAGAAGGGUCGCCCCGAAGUAGAGGAACUGUCCUCCCUCACUAUAUCUCAGGUACUGUCCAACGAGGUCGAAGACGUUCUACCGAGUCCUGAAGUGCCCACGAAGAAGUCCGCGCAGCCCAGCCUGCUCAUCGGCAGGGAAAUCGCCCAGACAACGGAAGUGGUUACCGACACCGACCUCGAAGAGCUAGAACGACCUCAAGGCCCCGAACAGCGGAAGGGCCAGCCGGUCAUCGAGGAGCUGACCUCGCUGACGAUCUCCCAGGUAGUCUCCGGAGAGACGGAGGAGUUCCUCCCCAAAGAUGAGGUACCAUCGGGCAGCAGCGCCCUCCCUAAGGUCACCGGAAGAGAGAUCGCGGAGACCACCGAGGUCGUCACUGCGAGGACCACCGAAAAGUUCACCGAACCCAAAGUUCCGGAGGCCCAGAAGGGAAAACCAGGUCUCGAAGAGCUGGUCUCGUUAACCGUAUCCGAGGCCACUCCUCAGGAACUCCACAAAGACCUCCCCAGCCCGGAAGCGCCGUUCACCGAGACCGCGGAGACCCGCGUUUCCGGUCGCCGUGUGGCGCAGACCUCGCAGAUCUUGACCUCCCUCACCACCGAGGAUCUCGCACUUCCGGUCGCCCCUGAUACCAAGAAGAUCACCCCAGAGCACUUGCUCUUCGAGAGCCUCGAGAGCACCGAGACUAUCCGUCAAGAGAGCGAGGCCAAGUUGACCUUAACCUCUCGAGAAGCCCCCACGGCCAUGGCCGACGUUUCCUUCAGGACCACCGAGAGCCUGACGGUCACCCAGGUGACAACCGACGAGAGAGAGACCAGGAAACCCCUGGAGGAAAGGCCCAGAGAGGAAACGGCCCAACCUGACGUAGUGCGACGAGAGGUCGCUCUCAAGACCGAGGUCCUGCCCGAGGGCACCAUCGGCGAGUUCGAGGUCGAGGGCCCCACAGGCAGGACCGCCACUCGCCUCGAUGAGGUCAGACAUGGCCUCCUCGUCACCGAGCUCCGUGCUACCGGCGAACUCGAAUCCGACCUCCCCGAGUCGACGGUCCCUCUCGCUAAGGUCGCUAGCGCGACCGUCGAGGUCGACCACCUCCAGCGAGUCGUAGAAACCACAGAAGCACGAGUCCAACAACACGAAACCACCACAUUCACACACCACACAGAUAAACACGAACAUCCGGGUAUUAAAAAGCGACCGAGUGUAGAAUCCGACACGGAGAUCACCGAAGAGUACACAACGAAGUUCAGAAGAGGGUCCAAGGACGACGAGACGGCGGCUGUAAAGACGAAGAAGACGAUCAUCAGGAAGAAGAAGCCCUCGUCAAGAGAGGAGGAGAACGUCGUGGUCAUCGAAGAAGAACUAGAAGACAUCAAGUCGUCCCUGCCCGCGAUCCCGAAGAAGCAGUUCAUGCCGAUAGAAGAGGUGACAGGAGUGUUGGACGUGGAGGAAAUAAAGCCGUCGAUAAUCGAGGAGGUCGAAGAGGCUCCUGAAGAAGAGGAAGAAGUCGAAGAGGUACCUGAAGUCGUGGAUGAAAGAAGGGAAAGCGUCAUCGAAACUCAUGCCACGAUAAAGCGGAAGGAGAAGAAGAAGAGGAUCGUUAGAGGAAAGAGCGAAGAGGAGAAGCCGGAGGAGGAAGAGGAAAUACCUGAAGAGAUUGACGAAGUGGUUCGGAUGAGAAUUCGACCAAAGAAGACGGAGGAGGUACGGGAAGAAGUGACGGUUACGGUGGAGACUACGGAAGAGGGUAAACCUAGAAAAACCACGAAGAAGAAGAUCAUUAAGAGGAAGGGCAAAAAGCAACAGGUUACCGAAGAGGUUACUGUAGAAGAGGAAGGUAAAGCGCCGGUGAAGAAGAUCAUAGAGAAACCGGAAGAAGAAGUGAUAUUCGAUGAAACUACUGAGCCGUUACCUGAAGUACAAUAUGCAAAGCCGAAGGAAUCGGAAGAAGUGAGAGAGCAGGUGACAGUAACCGUGGAAACAACAAAUGAAGGCAAACCUCGUAAGACCACGAAGAAGAAGAUAAUUAGGAGAAAAGGUAAAAAGCAGCAGGUUACCGAAGAGGUUACUAUAGAAGAGGAAGGUAAAGCGCCGGUGAAGAAGAUCAUUGAAAAACCGGAAGAAGAAGUCAUCUUCGAUGAAACCACCGAACCCUUACCUGAGGUUGAAUACAUAAAACCGAAGGAAUCGGAAGAGGUGAGAGAGCAGGUGACAGUAACCGUGGAAACAACAAAUGAAGGCAAACCUCGUAAAACCACGAAGAAGAAGAUAAUUAAGAGGAACGGUAAAAAGCAGCAGGUUACCGAAGAAGUUACCAUCGAAGAGGAAGGCAAAGUUCCGGUGAAGAAGGUAAUAGAGAAACCGGAAGAAGAAAUAAUCUUCGAUGAAACCACCGAGCCCUUCCCGGAGGUUGAAUAUGUAAAACCAAGAGAAUCAGAAGAAGUCAGAGAACAAGUGACGGUCACCGUGGAAACAACAGAGGAAGGCAAGCCUCGUAAAAUCACGAAGAAAAAGAUUAUUAGACGAAAGGGCAAGAAACAACAGGUUACCGAAGAGGUCGUUGUCGAGGAAGAGGGAAAAACACCUGUAAGGAAAGUCAUUGAGAAACCUGAAGAAGAAAUCGUUUUUGACGAGACCACGGAGCCCUUGCCGGAAAUUGAAUUCGCAAAACCAAGAGAAUCUGAAGAAGUAAGAGAACAAGUGACGGUCACUAUUGAAACCACCAAAGAGGGCAAACCUCGUAAGACCACGAAAAAGAAGAUCAUUAGAAGAAAGGGUAAGAAACAGCAAGUUACCGAAGAGGUCACUAUCGAGGAAGAAGGUAAAGCACCGGUAAAGAAAGUCAUUGAGAAACCGGAAGAGGAAGUGGAUAUUGAAGAAACAACAAAGCCCUUACCUGAAAUCGAAUUCGUGAAACCAACGGAAUCGGAAGAGGUGAGAGAACAAGUGACAGUUACUGUGGAAGAAACUGAAGAAGGUAAACCUCGUAAGACUACCAAGAAGAAAAUCAUUAAGAGAAAAGGCAGAAAGCAACAAGUUGUCGAGGAAGUCACCGUCGAGGAGGAAGGCAAGGCACCUGUAACAGAAAUUAUUGAGAAACCAGAGGAAGAAUUUGUACCUGAAGAAACCACCGAACCGCUGCCAAUCGUCGAGUUUGCAAAACCAACCGAAUCUGAAAAAAUUCGUGAGCAGGUUACAGUCUUCGUCGAAAUCACCAAGGAAGGUAAACCACGAAAGACGACCAAAAAGAAGAUCAUUAGAAGGAAGGGCAAGAAACAGCAAGUUACCGAAGAAGUCACUAUCGAGGAAGAAGGUAAAGCUCCAGAGAAGAAAGUCAUUGAGAAACCGGAAGAAGAAGUGACCUUCGAUGAGACCACGGAGCCCUUACCUGAAAUCGAAUUCGCGAAGCCGGAAGAAUCGGAAGAAGUUAGAGAACAAGUGACAGUUACCGUGGAAACAACCGAGGAAGGUAAACCUCGAAAGACAACGAAGAAGAAAGUCAUCAGAAAGAGGGGACAAAAGCAACAGGUCACCGAAGAGGUGACAAUUGAAGAAGAAGGCAAGGCUCCCGAGACAAAGAUCAUCAAACAGCCCGUAGAAGAAGUCAUUACUGAUGAAACUACGGAGACCUUGCCCUUGAUAAAACGUAGAAAACCGAAAGAAACGGAAGAAGUUCGCGAAGAGGUCACUGUUACGGUAGAAACCACAGAAGAAGGCAAACCACGAAAGACGACCAAGAAGAAGAUCAUUAAGAGGAAAGGUGGAAAGCAGCGAGUUACCGAAGAAGUUACAAUUGAAGAGGAAGGUAAGGUUCCCGUAGUGAGAACCAUAGAGAAACCUGAAGAAGAAAUCAUCGAGGACGAAACGACGGAGCCUCUUCCUAUUGUUGAAUUCGCGAAACCUAAAGAAGCUGAAGAGACCCGCGAGCAGAUCACGGUUACCGUUGAAACAACCGAAGAGGGUAAGCCUCGAAAGACUACGAAGAAGAAGAUCAUUAAAAGAAAGGGAAAGAAACAACAGGUUACCGAAGAGGUUACCGUUGAAGAGGAAGGAAAAGCGCCUGUGACUGAGACAAUUAAGAAACCAGAAGAAGAAAUCAUCGAGGAUGAAACGACGGAACCUUUACCUGCUGUUGAAUUCCAGAAGCCCAGAGAAUCUGAAGAAGUCCGCGAACAGGUGACAGUCACCGAAGAAAUAACCAAAGAAGGUAAACCUCGGAAGGUAAUAAAAAAGAAGAUCAUUAGGAAGAGGGGCAAGAAGCAACAAGUCAUCGAGGAGAUUACUGUUGAAGAGGAAGGUAAAGCCCCUGUCACGAAAAUCUUUGAAAAACCAGAAGAAGAAGUCAUCGAGGAUGAGACCACGACACCCUUCCCGAUGGUAGAAUACGAGAGACCAACCGAAUCGGAAGAAAUUCGAGAACAAGUCACAGUAACCGUCGAAACAACCGAAGAAGGCAAGCCUAGAAAGACCACGAAGAAGAAGAUCAUUAAAAGGAAGGGGAAGAGGCAACAGGUUACAGAAGAGGUCACCGUUGAAGAAGAAGGCAAGGUCCCCGUGACAAGGACUAUCAGAAAACCUGAAGAGGAUGUUGUCUUCGAUGAAAUGACAGAGCCUAUUCCUGCUGUAGAAUAUGUGCGACCGACAGAAACCGAAGAAGUGAGAGAACAAGUUACUGUCACAAUGGAGACCACGGAAGAGGGUAAACCUCGUAAAACCACGAAGAAAAAGAUUAUCAGACGAAAGGGCAAGAAACAACAGGUUACCGAAGAGGUCGUUGUAGAAGAAGAGGGCAAAACCCCCGUGAAGAAAGUCAUCGAGAAACCUGAGGAGGAAAUCAUCGAAGAUGAGACCACGGAGCUUCUACCGACCAUCAAAUACGCGAAACCAACAGAAUCUGAAGAAGUGCGCGAACAAGUGACGGUGACCGUUGAAACGACGAAAGAAGGCAAGCCUAGAAAGACCACGAAGAAAAAAGUCAUCAGAAAGAGGGGUCAGAAGCAACAGGUCACCGAAGAAGUGACCGUAGAAGAAGAGGACAAGGCGCCUGUUACGACGGUCAUCGAAAUACCUGAAGAAGUGGUCAUCACUGAUGAAACGACGGAGACCUUGCCAAUGGUGGAGUAUGGAAAACCGACAGAAGCUGAAGAGAUUCGCGAACAGGUAACCGUUACCGAAGAAACAACCGAAGAAGGCAAACCUCGCAAGACCACGAAGAAGAGGGUCAUAAAAAAGAAGGGCAUAAAGCAGCAGGUUACCGAGGAGGUUACCGUUGAAGAAGAGGGUAAAGCUCCCGUGACGAAGGUCAUCAAGAAACCUGUCGAAGAGAUCAUUUCUGACGAGACAACGGAACCCUUACCUUUGAUAAAACAUAGAAAACCGAAGGAGACUCAAGAAGUUCGGGAACAGGUCACGAUCACUGUUGAAACAACGAAAGAAGGAACACCUCGUAAAACCACCAAAAAGAGAAUCAUUAGAAGAAGAGGUCAGAGACAACAGGUCACGGAAGAAGUGACCAUCGAAGAAGAGGGCAAGGCACCUGUGACGAAUGUCAUCGAAAAACCUGAAGAAGAGGUCAUCACUGAUGAGACAACGGAGACUUUGCCUGCGAUAAAGUAUGCUACACCGGAAGAAACUGAAGAGGUUCGCGAACAGGUGACUGUUACUGUUGAAACCACCAAAGAAGGUAAACCUAGAAAGACCACAAAGAAAAAGAUCAUUAGAAGGAAAGGAAAGAAACAACAGGUUACCGAGGAGGUCACCGUUGAAGAAGAAGGCAAAGCCCCCGUGACAAGGACUGUGAAAAAACCUGAAGAAGAUGUUGUCUUCGAUGAAACAACGAUGCCAAUUCCAGCUUUGGAAUAUGGGAAACCGAUAGAAACUGAAGAAGUGAAAGAACAGGUGACUGUUACAGUUGAAACCACAGAAGAGGGUAAACCUCGGAAGACAACGAAGAAGAAGAUUAUUAGGAGGAAGGGCAAGAAACAACAGGUUACGGAAGAGAUCGUUGUCGAAGAGGAAGGCAAAGCUCCUGUGAAAAAGGUAAUUGAGAAACCGGAGGAAGAGUUUAUCGAGGAUGAAACCGCGGAAUUCAUGCCUGAAAUCAAGUUCGCAAAGCCAACAGAAUCUGAAGAGAUUCGGGAACAGGUGACGGUGACUGUGGAGACAACAAAACGUGGCAAGCCUCGUAAGACCACGAAGAAAGAGAUUGUAAAGCGAAAGGGCAAGAAGCAGCAGGUAAUAGAGGAGAUCACGAUUGAAGAGGAAGGGAAGACUCCCAAGAAAAAAGUCAUUGAAAAACCUGAAGAAGAAAUCAUCUAUGAUGAAACUGUUGAGCCUUUACCUAUGGUGGAAUACGGGAAACCGACAGAAGCUGAGGAAGUUCGAGAACAGGUGACUGUUGCAGAAGAGGUUACCAAAGAAGGAAAGCGUCGUAAGAUAACGAAAAAGAAGAUCAUUAAGAAGAAGGGUCCAAAGCAACAGGUAACUGAAGAGAUCACUGUUGAAGAAGAAGGUAAGGCUCCUGAAACUAAGGUGAUACAGAAACCCGAGGAAGAGAUCAUCUUCGAAGAAACCACAAUGCCCUUGAAGCCGGUGGACUAUGUAAAACCAAAAGUGUCUGAAGAGAUUCGUGAAGAGGUGACUGUCACCGAGGAGACUACGGAAGAAGGUAAACCUCGGAAGACCACGAAAAAGAAGAUUAUCAAGAGGAAGGGCAAGAAACAGCAGGUGACGGAGGAGGUUGUAGUUGAAGAAGAGGGCAAAGCCCCCGUGAAGAAAAUAAUUGAAAAGCCUGAAGAAGAAGUCAUGGAAGAUGAGACCACGGAACCUCUGCCCAUAGUCGAAUUUGCCAAACCAUCUGAGACUGAAGAAGUGCGUGAACAAGUAACGGUAACUGUUGAAACGACAAAACAAGGCAAGCCUCGGAAGACCACAAAGAAGAGAAUCAUUAGAAAGAGGGGACAGAAACAACAGAUCACCGAAGAAAUAACCGUGGAAGAAGAGGGUAAAGCACCUGUGACGAAGGUGAUUGAGAAACCUGAAGAAUUGAUCAUCACUGAUGAAACGACUGAGACUUUGCCUAUCGUGGAGUACGGAAAACCAACGGAAGCUGAAGAGAUCCGUGAACAGGUGACUGUUACCGAAGAGACAACCAAAGAAGGCAAACCUCGGAAGACCACGAAGAAGAGGGUCAUUAAACGGAAGGGCUCGAAGCAACAAGUUACCGAGGAGGUCACUGUUGAAGAGGAAGGAAAGGCACCUGUGACGAAGACCAUCAAACAACCUGUUGAAGAGAUCAUUUCCGAUGAAACCGCGGAGCCUUUACCUCUAAUAAAACGAAGAAAACCUAAAGAGACUGAAGAAGUCCGUGAACAGGUGAUAGUUAUUGAAGAAAUAACAAGAGAAGGGAAACCUCGAAAGACCACUAAAAAGAAGAUCAUUAAGAGAAAGGGUCCGGUGCAACAGGUUACUGAAGAAAUCACUGUUGAAGAAGAGGGCAAGGCUCCAGUGACGGAGGUCAUAGAACAACCUGUUGAAGAAAUCAUCUCUGAUGAGACAACUGAGAUCUUGCCCAUGGUGGAAUAUGGGAAACCAACAGAAGCUGAAGAGACUCGCGAACAGGUGACUGUUACCAUUGAGACCACCGAAGAAGGCAAGCCUAAGAAGACUACGAGGAAGAAGAUCAUUAAGAAAAGGGGGAAGAAACAGCAAGUUAUUGAGGAAGUCACCGUUGAAGAAGAGGGUAAAGCCCCUGUGAAGAAAACCGUGAAACAACCUGUUGAAGAGAUUAUUUCGGACGAAACAACGGAAACAUUGCCUUCGAUAAAGUAUGUCACACCGACAGAAGCUGAAGAGGUGCGAGAGCAGGUUACCGUCACUGUUGAAACCACCGAAGAAGGCAAGCCUCGCAAGACUACGAAGAAAAAGAUCAUUAAGAGGAAAGGUCCGAAACAGCAGGUGACUGAAGAAAUUACGGUUGAAGAGGAAGGAAAAGCUCCGGUGACGAAGGUCCUCAAGAAACCUGAAGAGGAGGUCUUUUUCGAUGAAACUACGGAGCCUCUGCCUGAAGUUGAAUUCGCGAAACCUGGAGAAUCCGAAGAGACUCGAGAGCAGGUUACCGUUACUGUUGAAACCACUGAAGAAGGCAAACCGCGUAAGACAAUCAGAAAGAAGAUCAUUAAGAGGAAGGGUAAGAAACAGCAGGUGACCGAGGAGGUGUCUGUGGAAGAAGAGGGCAAGGCACCCGUCACAGACGUUAUCGAACACCCUAUUGAAGAAAUCAUUUUUGAUGAAACAACGGAGCCCUUGCCUUUGGAAAAAUACGCGAAACCAACGGAGUCAGAAGAAGUGCGCGAACAAGUAACAAUAACUGUUGAAAGAACAAAAGAAGGAAAGCCUCGAAAGAUUACGAAAAAGAAGAUCAUCAAGAAGAAGGGCCCGAAGCAACAGGUGACCGAAGAGGUCACCGUUGAAGAAGAGGGUAAAGCUCCUGUGACGGAGGUUAUCAAACAACCUGUUGAAGAAAUCAUCUCUGAUGAAACGACCGAGAGUUUGCCCAUGGUGGUACAUGGAAAACCAACAGAAGCUGAAGAGACUCGCGAGCAGGUUACCGUCACCGUCGAGACUACCGAAGAAGGCAAACCUCGCAAGACCACGAAGAGGAAGAUCAUUAAGAAGAAGGGAAAGAAGCAACAGGUGACCGAAGAAGUCACAGUUGAAGAAGAAGGCAAGGCCCCUGUGACGAAGGUCGUGAAAAAACCGAUUGAAGAGAUCAUUUCUGACGAUACCACAGAGACCUUGCCUAUAGUGGAGUAUGAGAAACCAUCAGAAGCUGAAGAGGUCCGCGAGCAGGUUACCGUCACCGUAGAAACCACCGAAGAAGGUAAACCUCGAAAGACUACGAAAAAGAAGAUCAUCAAAAGGAAGGGCAAGCAACAGCAAGUCACCGAGAUCGUAACCGUCGAAGAGGAAGGCAAAGCUCCAGUGACCGAAGUCUUCGAAAUACCUGAAGAGAAGAUUCUUCAGGACGACGUCCCGAAGCCUUUGCCACGGGAAGAGUUUGCAAAACCAUCGGAAGUUGAAGAGGUGCGAGAGCAGGUGACGGUGAUCAUGGAGAGGACGCCCGAAGGCAAGCCUCGUAAGACGACGAAGAAGAAGAUCAUCAAGAAGAAGGGUAGGCAGCAACAGGUGACGGAGUUGGUGACCGUUGAAGAACAGGGCAAAGCUCCAGUCACAGAGGUCUUCGAGAACCCUGUUGAAGAGCUUCCCGAGCUUCUACCAAUCUCAGGUUUGGCCUCACCCUCCGAGGUUGAGGAAGUCCGUGAGCAAGUGACUGUCAGUAUCGUGGAGACUAAAGAAGGCAAGCCUCGCAAGACCACGAAGAAGAAGAUCAUUAAGAGAAGAGGAAGCAAACAGCAAGUUACGGAAGAGGUGACGAUCCAGGAGGAAGGGAAAGCCCCCAAAACCGAGGUCGUCGUGAAACCUAUCGAGGAAAUCCUCUAUGACGAAACAACGGAGCCUCUUCCGGUCACGGAACCUGAAGAGGCCGACGUGGUCCGCGAACAGGUGACAGUGUCCAUAGAAGAAACCGUGGAAGGCGCGCCUAAAAAGACAACUAGAAAGAAGAUCAUCAAGAAGAGGGGUAGAAAGCAACAGGUCGUCGAAGAGGUGACCGUCGAGGAGGAAGGGAAAUCUCCCGUGACGGAAGUCAUCGAAGAACCUGAAGAGGAGGUUCUUUAUGACGAGACGACCGAACCUUUGCCUCUCUCGCGACCAAUCGAGCCGGUCGAAGCUGAAGAAGUGCGCGAACAGGUUACGGUCACUGAAGAGGUUACCGAAGAAGGGAAGCCUCGGAAGACCACGAAGAGGAAGGUCAUCAAAAAACGCGGGAAAACGCAGCAGGUCAUCGAGAAGGUGACGAUCGAGGAAGAGGGGAAACCCCCUGUGACCGAGGUCAUCGUCGAACCGAUCGAGGAGAUCCUCCUUGAAGAGACCACCGAGCCCCUGCCGGUCUCUGCUCUGGUCAGGCCAACGGAAGCUGAAGAAGUGAGGGAACAAGUCACGGUCACCGAGGAAAUUACUAAAGAAGGCAAACCUCUGAAAACCACAAAGAGGAAGAUCGUAAGGAGGAAGGGAAAGAAGCAGCAGGUGACCUUGGAAGUGACGACCGAGGAGGAAGGAAAGCCGCCCGUUAAGAGCGUCAUCAAGGAACCUGAAGAGGAGGUUCUCUAUGACGAAACCACGGAAUCCCUUCCGGAUGUGGACGUAGUCCAACCAACGGAAACUGAUGAAGUUCGGGAGCAGGUGACCGUCACCCUUGAAAAGACGGAAGAAGGCAGACCUCGAAAGAUCACGAAGAAGAAGGUGGUGAAAAGGAGGGGCAGAAAACAGCAAGUCUCAGAAGAGACGACUGUCGAAGAGGAGGGUAAAGCUCCUGUGGUAACUUUCAUCGCAGAGCCGGUUGAAGAAGUUCUUCUGGAUGACACCGUAGAACCAUUACCGAUAUUAGGUGAAGAAGUUCCCGAGGAAGCUGAGGAAGUUCGCCAUGAAGUCACGGUCGCCGAAGAAGUAACACCUACGGGACAGGUGAAGAGAACCACGAAAAAGAAGGUGACUCGCAAGAAGGGUGGGAAGCAGCAGGUGACGGAGGAGAAGAAGGUCGAAGAGGAAGGAAAAUCUCCGGUGGUUACCGUGACCGAACACCCAGAAGAAGAGAUCCUAUACGAAGAGACCACCAAACUACUUCCUGUAGAACCUGCAGAGACUGUUGAGACUCUACCUAAGAAAAAGACUCCGAAGAAGAAGGUGCCGAAGAAACCCGUCUCAGAAAAGGAAGUUCAGCCGGUACCUGAAGGUAAACCCGAAGAGAAGCCUGAAGACGUCACGGACCUUGCAACCGCGAAGAAAAAGCUCAAACCUCAACUUCAGAAAUUAGAGAUAAAGGAGGUGAAGCCAACGAAACUCAAGGUGGAUAAACCGUCUCCGGAAAAGCCGCAAUUCGCGCAGAUAAAGCUGAAGAAAGCUCCGAUAAUCAAGAGGAAAGACGGAAAGAAGGACAAAUUCCCGAAAGUCCUGCUGCAAAGUCGCAUUAAGUUCUUCGACUACCCUCCAUCCCCGAGGAAGUUACAGGUCAGCGAACUGCAACCUGUUCAGGUUCAACGUGGAAUCUUGUCAAGGUCUAUAAAGGAAGCUCGUGCCCUGAAGAAGACAAAACCCCGCGAGGAGAAACCCUCCGAGAAGGAAGAGACCGACCUCGAGAAGUUGGACAAAGAGUUCGAGGCCCUGAAGAGUGUGCCUCUGGAGCAGGUCGAGGACAAGUCGGUGUACGAACGCCAGCCAAAGCCGAAGAAGCCAAAAGAGGAUGACUUGAAAAAAAUAAAGCUCGGCAAAGGUGAGGUCCCAGAGAAGCCUGAUACACAGGAAAAAGUCGACCUGAAAAAAGUACCUGAAAAGAAGCCCAAGCCAGAUGAAGAAGAGACAGCUAUCCCUAAAGCUCCCAAGAAGGUCCCGAAGAAAAAGACCCUCGAAAAAGAUGAAGAGGACCUCGAACUGCCUCGACCAGAAUUCCCGACCGAAGAAAGACCCAAGGUCGAGGAAGAGGAAAGACAGGUAGAAGAACAGCCUCAACCUGAAGAGCAGUUACCCGAGGAUGCCGAGAAAAAGCCGAGGAAACUGAAACCGAAGAAGAAACCAACCCAAGAGGUGGAGGAAGUUAAGAUAGAGCCAGGCAUCCCGAAGAAAAAGGAGCCUGAAGAGGAAGAUGAAGUUAAACGAGGUUACCGAAGGGGAGAGAAACCCGAGGAGAAGCCUGAGGAGGUCAAGCUGAAACCUUGGAAGAAACCAAAGGACUCUAAGAAAGAUGAGAAAGAAGUCGAUGACCAAAUCAAGUUCGUCCCUGAAGAGAAAGAGGACGUCGUCACGGUGGACACCAUCGUCACCGAGCAAGAGACACCCGACAAGAAAGGAAAGAUCAUCAAGAAGAGGACGCUGAAGAAACGGAAGGGAGAGAAGCCCGAAAUCAAGGAAGAGGUGACUAUCGAAGAAGAAGGCAAGGAACCGGUAACGAAGACAUUUUCCAUUCCUGCUGAAGAAGUGCCUGAAGAGCACUUUGAAGAUCUUUCACCCUUCUUACCCGACUUGGCGGAGCCUAAAGUGGUCGAAGAGACUCGCGAGGAAAUCCAGGUGACCGAGGAGGUCACGGAGGAAGGAAAGCCCAGAAAAGUGACGAGAAAGAAGACCAGCAAGAAAGUGGGCAAAGAGAAGAAGGUGACCGAAGAAGUGACCGUGGAAGAGGAGGGUGAAAAGCCAGUGACAAAGGUCGUGGAGGAGUUUGAGGAGAUCCCCGAGGUGGAGGACUACGUUCCGGCGAUCCCAGAGCCGAAGAAGAAGCCGAAAAAGCUGCGCAAACAGAAGCCGAAGAGGCCGGAGGAUGAGGAGGGACAGAAGAGCGAACAAGAACUGAUCAAGGAAAGACUGAGACCACAUUUGGUCAAGAUCGAGAUCAAGGAACAAAAGCCGAUCAAACCGAGGAUCGACGAGCCGGAAGUUCCCCUCUUCGCCCAGAUCAAACUGAAGAAAGCAGUCCCUCGAAAACCACGUCCUGAAAAGAAGGACAAAUUCCCGAAAAUUCUUCUUCGCAGUCGAAUCACUCACCAUGAUUGGCCACCUGGAAUGAAGUAUCCAGUCUUCUCCGAAAUCGAGCCAAACUACGUACAAAACGGCAUUCUUUCCCGAAACGUGGAAGACGCCUUAGCGCUAAAGAAGAUCAAGCGCAAAAAGACGAAGCCCAUCGGUAAGGAGGAGACUGACCUUGAGAAAGUAGACCUGGAAUUUGAGGAGCUGAAGAAGGUUCCUCUGGAGAAGGUCGAAGAUCUGACUCCAUACCAGCGGAAACCGAAGCCUAAAAAACCAGCCGAAGAGGAACCCGAGAAGCUGAAAAUCGGCAAGGGAGAGGUACCCGAGAAGGAGCAGCCGGAGGAGGACAAGGUAACCCUGAAGAAGGUGCCACAGAAGAAGCCCUCUGAGCCCGAGGAUGCGAAGAAAGCCCCACCGAAAAAGGAGAAGCCUGAAAAGCCGAAGGAGCCGAAGGAAGAGAAGGAAUAUCCCGAACUUCCUGGCUUCGAGCCCUACGACAUCGAAAAGGACGAUUACGACCUGGAGAAACCGGAAGGUCUGGAAUACCCUGAAGAUGAGGCACCAAAGGAAGGAAAGCCCCCGAAGAAGAAGCCGAAGUCUAAGGGGAAGAAACCCGUGCAGGAUCAGGAGUCGAUUCCCAUCGUGCCAGGUGUCCCUAAGAAGGAACAACCCGAAGAAGAGCCUGAAAAGAAGUUCCGGAUCCCUCAGAAGGACAAACCAUCAGAGGUACCUGAAGAAAUCAAGCUGAAGCCCUGGAAGAAACCAGGAGCUCCUGAAGAAGAGGCGGCAAAGCCUGCCAAGCCUCUAGAGUUCGUCCCUCGAGAUGAUGAAAGAAUUGAGGAAAUCAUCGACACGAUCGUCACUGUUGAAGAGGAAGAGGUACCCGGCAAGAAGCCGAAGAAGAUCACAAAGAAGCGCACGAAGAAGCAGCGCCCUGAGGAGGAGAAACCGAUACUCACAGAGGAAAUCGUGGUCGAAGAGGAAGGUCUUCCACCAGUUACGACGUUCACCACGUUAGAAGACGAAGAGCUUCCUGUCUUGCCCACCGAGACGAUUGUUGAAGAGUCUAAAGAAGUUGUGACGGUGACCGAAGUGAGGACCAAGGAGGGCGUGCCGAAGAGGGUGAAGACUAAGAGAGUGAUUAAGAAACGACCGGACAGGGAUGAAGUCACCGAGCAAACCGUAGUACAGGAAGAAGUACCUGAAAAGAUCUUGGAAAUCGUGCCGCAGGAGGACGAAGAGGUGGAGGAGAUCAUCGAGACUAUCGUCACUGUUGAGGAGGAAGAGGUUCCGGGUAAGAGGCCGAAGAAGAUCACGAGAAGAAGGACGAAAAAGCAGCGCCCUGAAGAGGGGAAACCGGAAGUCACGGAAGUGGUCACAGUUGAGGAAGAAGGUCUUCCCGCGGUGACGACGGUGGUCAUCAAGGAAGACAAGGAACAACCUCUGGCACCCAGUGAAACGGUUGUUGAAGAGACCAAAGAAGUUGUCACGGUGACGGAAGUCGUCACCGAGGAAGGACCAAGAAAGAUCAAGACCAGAAGAAUGACCAAGAAGCGCCCUGAAAAGGAAGUCGAAGAGCAACCAUUGCCAAAGAAGGAAGAAGUUCCUAGCGACUUUGCGCCAGAAGAUGAAGCGGAGGUUGAAGAAGUGGUCGAAACCGUUGUUACUGUCCGCGAGGAGGAGAUUCCCGGUAAAAAACCGAAGAAGAUUACGACAAAGCGGACGAAGAAGCGGCGCCCUGAAGAGGAGCAGCCGGAGAUCACGGAGACAGUCACCGUGGAAGAAGAAGGCCUUCCUGAAGUAACCACAGUAACCAUUAAACACGAAGAAGAGCAGCCUCUUCCGGAUGAGGAAAUAAUCGAGGAGACGAAAGAGGUGGUGACGAUAACCGAAGUGCCCACCGAAGAAGGGACCCCGAAGAAGGUGAAGGUCAAGCGCGUGACGAAGAAAAGACCCGACAAGAAAGAACCCGAAGAGCAACCUGUUCCGAAGAAAGAGGAAAUUCCAAGCGACGAAGAAGUCGAAGAGAUCGUAGAGAUGACAGUUACCGUUCGCGAGGAAGAGAUUCCAGGGAAGAAGCCGAGGAAGAUCACGACGAAGCGGACGAAGAAGCAACGCCCUGAAGAGAAGCCUGAAAUCACUGAGACCGUCACCGUCCAAGAAGAAGGCCUCCCAGAGAUAACCACGGUUAUUUCGAAAGAAGAGGAGGACCAACCUCUUCCGGAAGAAACGGUAGUCGAAGAGACCAAAGAAGUCGUCACGGUGAUCGAGGUGACCACCGAAGAGGGAACCCCGAAGAGAGUGAAGACCAAGCGCGUGUUGAAGAAGCGACCCGGUAAGGAGAUCACUGAAGAAGUGAUCCUCCAGGAAGAGGAAGGUAAACCCAUCACUCCACUCACCGAAGACACUACAUCGCCACCACACGAAAGACCCACACACAAAACAUCAACAAAACCCAAAGACGAUAGAAAGGUCCCCGAAGAUAUCGCGGAGAAAGUCGUCGAAGAGGAGGUGGUUCAGGAGGUGGCAAAGAAGAAGCCGAAGAAGAAGUCUCAGAAGGUGGAGGAAGAGUUCACGGAAGAAGUAGUUGAAGAGAUCGUCACCGAGAAGCCGAAGAAGGAGAAAGCGAAGCCACUCGUGGAGGAGGAAGAGAGAGUGACCAUUACGAAAGUCGAGGCUCGGGAAGGACCUGAAGAGAGGCCGAAGGAGACUCUGGUGGUCGAGGAAGAGGAAAUCAUAGAAACUGUGGAAACCCCGACGAAGAAGAUCGUGACGAAGAGAAGGAAGCCGUCGAAAGAUUUACCUGCCGAGAUCGUCCGAGAAGUGAUCGAGAAACCUGAAGAAGAAGUGAUAGUCAUGGAGGAGCAGCAAAUCGUGGAGAUCGUGGAGACGCCGACAAAGAAGGUGAUAAAGAAAAAGAAGGCCGUGCCAGGAGUGAAUGGGUUCACGGAAGACGUAAUCGAGGAAAUCGUGAUAGAGAAGCCGAAGAAGGAGAAGGCGAAGCCGGUGGUUGAAGAGCUGGAAACUGUGCAAGUGACGGAAACGGUGACUCGCGAGGGGCCGAAGAAAGAAGAGAUCAUAGAGGUGAUAGAGACCCCCACGAAGAAGAUAACGAGGAAGAGGAGGCCGUCGAAGAAGGACGACACGGUGGAAAUUGUUGAAGAGGUCGUUGAAAAGCCAGUGGAGGAGACGAGGAUCAUGGAGGAGCAGCAGGUCGUGGAGAUCAUCGAGACGCCGACGAAAAAAGUGAUUAAGAAGAAGAAGGCGAUCGUCAGGGACGACGGAGUCCCUGAAGAGGUGAUCGAGGAGAUCGUCAUCGAGAAGCCGAAGAAGGAGAAGGCUAAACCGCUGGUAGAAGAACAGGAGACCGUGACGAUUACGGAAGUAGAGACCAAGGAGGCGCCGAAAAAGAAGAAGCCGAAGGAGAAGGUGGUCGUCGAAGAGGAAGAAAUCAUUGAGACCGUGGAAACGCCCACGCAGAAGAUCGUGACGAAGAAGAGGAAGCCCUCGAAGGACCUGCCGGCAGAAAUCGUGCAGGAGAUAAUAGAAAAACCUAAAGAAGAGGUAACGGUGAUGGAGGAACAGCAGAUCGUGGAGAUCGUGGAGACCCCCACGAAGAAGGUCAUCAAGAAGAAAAAGGCAGUGGUCGGGGACGACGGAGUACCUGAAGAAGUCAUCGAAGAGAUCGUCAUCGAAAAGCCUCAGAAAGAACGAGCAAAACCGAUCGUGGAGGAGACGGAAAGCGUGACAAUAACGGAGAUCGAGACCCUGCAGGCACCCGAAGAGGUGAUCGAGACCAUAGAGACGCCUACCCGGAAGACGAUUAAGAAGAGAAGGAAGUCCGUCAAAGGAGAAGAAAUCGUCGAGGUAACGGUAGACAAGCCAAUCGAGGAGGCGAAGAUUAUGGAGGAGGAACAAGUCGUGGAGAUCGUGGAAACUCCGACGAAGAAGGUCAUCAAGAAGAAGAAGGCAGUGGUCAGGGAAGACGGGGUACCUGAAGAAGUGAUCGAGGAGAUCGUCAUAGAAAAGCCGAAGAAGGACAAGGCGAAGGGCGACGUACUUCCGUUCAAGAGCAUCGAGACCACCGUGGUUACUGCGGGAACGAUUGCUGAAGAACUUCCAGGGGAAGAGAAACCUGAAGAGGAACGAGCCGUACCUCUGCUUCAGGAGGAACAAAAGGAGACGGUCCGAGUAACGGAAGUGGACGCCAAGAAGGCUCCGAAGAAGAAGAAGAAGAAAACUGCUGCCGAGACCACGGAGGAACAACCUCGAGAAGAAGUGACGGACAUCGAAGAAGCGAAGCCGAAGAAGGUGGUAGCAGAGAGGACGAUUUUGGAGCAGGAAGGUGUCGAAGUAACGGAGGUGAUCACCGAGGUCAGCACGGAGGAUCUUGAAGAGAAGAAGCCCGAGGACAAAAAAGCCUUGCCAGGAAAGGAAGAAGAAGCUCCCUCCGUCAAGGUCUCGGAAGUUCCGGUGAAGAAAGCUCCUCGCAAGAAAGAGCGGGCCGUCUCCUCGACCGAAGAACAACCCGAAGAACGCGUCGAAGAGCUCGCACCUGAGAAACCGAAAAAAGAAAAAGCGGCGAAGAAGGUUCUUCCCAAGGAGGAGAUCGAGACUACCGAGGUUAUCCCGGAGACCACGACAGAGGAGUACCCUGAGAAGAAGAAGCCGAAGGAGGAGAAAGCGCUGGUAUCCGAAGUUGAAGAGAAAGAGAAGGCCGAGACGAAACGAGUGUCCAUAAGGAAAAGACCCGCGGUGACCAAGGAGGAGCAACCUGAAGAGGAGACCAGCGAAAUUACCCUCGAGAAACGCAAAGAAGAGAAGAUCCAGGAAGGUACCGUAAUAACGACGGAAGCAAUUAGAACUAGCGAGGUUAUCGCGGAAACGACGACCUCUGACCUCACUGUUGAAGGGAAACCCCAAGAGACGAAGGCCGUACCUAGCACGGAAGAGUUGCCGAAAGAAGCCGUGGCGACGGAAGUUCCGGUCAAGAAGGCCCCGAAGAAAGUGCCCAAGAAGAAGACGGCCAAGCCUGCCGAGGAGGAGCGCCCUGAGGAGGUUGUCGAAGAGAUCGCACCUGAAGAAGUGCCCAAGACGACAGCGGAGGAAGGUGUAAUACCGGAGAAAAGCUUACAAGUGACGGAGAUCACGGCUUCGGCGACAACGGAGGACAUCCCCGAAGAGGUCAAACCUGAAGAAGAAGUCGCGCGUCCCUCGACGGAAGAAGAGCGAAAGAAGGCAGAUGUGUCGAGGGUUUCCGUCAAGAAGGCACCAAAAGAGAAGAAGAAGGGCACCGCGGUUGAAGAGGAGCAACCCGAAGGAGUAACCGAGGAAAUAGCGCCCGAAAAGGUACCCGAAGAGAAGGCUGAAGAGACCAUAAUCCCGAAGGAAAGCGUCGAGACCACCGACGUCAUCAUCCAGGACACUGCUAAAGAACUUCCUGAAGAAAAGAAGCCGAAGAAGGACAAGGCCGUUCCGCUGGAAGAGAAGGAGAAAGAGAAGGCCGAGGUCUCGGAGGUCCCUGUGAAGAAGGCCCCGAAGAAGAAGAAGGUCACGAUCAUAGAUGAGAAACAACCCGAAGAGACCGUUGAAGAGAUGACUCCUGUCCGGCCUAAGAAGAAGGAAGCUAAGCCAGAGGUUGUUACCAGUGAAACAAUCGAAACGACCCAAGUCGUUCCUUCAGUGACCACCGAAGAACUCCCUGAAGAGGAAGUGCCAGAGAAGAAGAAGGCGGUACCGGUCGAAGAAAUUGAAGAGCGGGUCAAAGUCACCAAGACUCCUGUCGAGAAGGCUGAAGAGAAGCCUCAGGAGGAAGCUCCGGAGGAUGCACCGAAGGAGACCAAGGAAGUUCCGGAGAAGAAGGCCCCGAAGAAGAAGAAGAAGAAGUCAGUAGAGAAGGACUACCUCGAGGGAUGGGUAGAACCGGAAUACGAGAGGCCCGUUUUGGAGCCCAUGCCGGAAAAGAUCCAAUGGGAGCCGAAAAAGAAGACGAAGGAGAAGAAGACGCUGCCUGCGGAACUGCAGAAGCUGGUACCACAGACGAUCGAGAGGAAAGAGUUCAAACUCACGAAGCUGAAGAUCACGGAACCGACCGAGGUCGUGCAAUUCGCCUCCAUUAAGUUGAAGAAGGUGACCCCGACGCAGAGGACGGAUAAACCAAGUGUGAAAAUACCUAAAGUACUCCUCCGCAGUCGCAUCACCUUCGUAGGUGACUAUCCACCGGAGUUGCAGUUGCCGAAGAUAACCUACAUGGAAGAGAAUCCUGUGCAGGCAGGAGUGCUCUCGAGGAACACGAAGGAGGCGCUGAAGUUGCUGAAGGUGAAGCACAAGAUUCCGAAACUACCGGAGAAGGAUUCCGUCGACUUGGAGCAGCUGGAUCAGGAGUUCGAGGAGCUGAAGAAGGUUCCUCUGGAGGAGAUCGAGGACAAGUCGAUCUACGAGAGGCCCCCGAAGAAGCCGGCGAAGAAGGAGGAGACGCCGCAGGAGAUCAAACUGGGCAAAGGCAAGGUUCCAGAGAAGGAAGAGGUGCAGCCCGAAGCAGUGAAGCUGAAGAAGGUCCCGGAGAAGCCUGUCGAAGAGGAGGAGAAGCCGAAGAAGAAACCGAAGAAGGAGGUGCCAGAGACGGAAGUCCCCGAGAAGAAGGAGACCAAGCCGACUCCGAAACUGGAGGGAGUAGAAUUCCAGCCUCUCGACUUUGACAGACCCGAGCUCGAGAAGUAUGUUCCUGAAGAGGUCGAGGAAGAGGAGAAGCCUAAACCUGAGGAGCCGAAGAAGCCCUAUGAAAGACAGAAGAAGAAGAAACCCGACCAGGAGAUCGAGGAGAUUCCACUGAAGAAGGGCGAGCCUAAGCCAGAGGAACCUGAAGAACAACCUGAGGUGAAGUUCAGGAUUCCUACCGCAGAGAAACCUGAAGAAGAACCGGAAACGAUCACACUAAAGAAAUGGAAGAAAGACAAACCGGAAGACACGGGCACCGAGGAGUUACCUCGGGAGGAAGAUGUGACUCUGCCUCGAAAACCUGCAGAAGAUGUGGAAGAGACGGUAAAGCGAAAGAUCAAGAAGAAGCCGAAAGAAAAGAAACCAGAAGAAGCUCCUGCCGUUACCGAAGAAGUUCCUGCAGUACCAGAGGAAGUUUCUGCUGCACCAGAAGAAGCUGCUCCUGAAGUGACUCUCGUUAAGAAACCAAAGAAGAAAUCAGUCGAUGAAGGACCUACUGAGGAGGUGACCAUCUCGAAGCCAGAAGUGGUCAAACCCGAGGAAGUCGCUGAUGAAGUGACUCUGAAGAAGAAACCGCGAAAGAAGUCCAUCAAAGAAGAGGCGCCUGAUGAAAUAACCAUUACAAAAGAGAUCGAGAAAGAGGAAGUGGAGGAAAUCGUGGACGAAGUGGUGUUGAAGAAAAAGAAGAAACCGAAGGUACAACCACCCGAAGAGGAGACCAUCGAGGAGGUCACAAUCCAAAAGGUCGCUGAAGUUGUGAAAAUAGAAAAGCAGGUUGAUACUUCGGAGGAGGUAUCCUUGAAGAAGAAGCCGAAGAAGAAGCCGGUGGUCGAGGAAGUGGCUGCUGAAAUAACGAUCGAGAAACCUGUACCUGUUGAGGAAGAGAAACCGGUGGAGGAAGUUGAGGAGGAAGUCACCUUGGAGAAGCCUAAAGAGACCAAGAAAGAAGAGGUCACGGAAAAUGUGGCGAUAAAGAAAAAACCGAAGAAGAAGCCUGUCACCGAUGAGGGUGCUGAUGAAGUCACGAUCAAGAAACCCGUUCCUGUAGAGGAAGAAAAGAAGCCCGAAGAAGUGACGGAGGAGGUUACCUUGAAGAAGAAACCUAAAAGGAAAUCCGUUACCGAUGAAGGUGAUGAUGAGGUCACCAUUAAGAAACCUAUCCCGACUGAGGCCGAGGAAAAGAAACCCGAAGAAGUAUCGGAGGAGGUAACACUGAAGAAGAAGCCUAAGAAGAAACCAGUUAAAGAUGAGGGCGCAGAUGAGGUCACGAUCAAGAAGCCGGUCCCGGUCGAAGCUGAGGAGAAGCCAGAAGAGGUAACGGAGGAGGUCACUCUGAAGAAGGCACCAGAAAAGAAACCCGUUACUGACGAGGCUGCUGACGAGGUCACCAUCAAGAAGCCUGUUCCCGUUGAGGAAGAAGACAAGAAGCCCGAGGAAGUAGAGGAGUUGAUCACUCUGAAGAAAAAGCCGAAGAAGAAACCUGUCACCGAUGAGAGUGCAGACGAGGUCACGAUAAAAAAACCUGUUCCUGUGGAAGAAGAAAAGAAGCCUGAAGAGGUGUCGGAAGAGGUCACUCUAAAGAAAAAACCGAAGAAGAAGCCGGUUACCGACGAAGGUGCCGAUGAGGUCACCAUCAAAAAGCCCGUCCCCGUGCCCGAGGAGAAGAAACCUGAGGAGGUAUCUGAAGAAGUUACCCUAAAGAAGAAGCCUAAGAAGAAAUCCAUCACGGAGGAAGCAGCAGAUGAGGUCACGAUCAAAAAGCCUGUUCCUGUAGAAGAAGAAAUGAAACCGGAAGAGGUGUCGGAAGAAGUCACCUUAAAAAAGAAACCAAAGAAGAAGCCCGUCACCGACGAGGGAGCGGACGAAAUCACAAUCAAGAAACCUGUUCCGGUAGAAGAAGAAAAGAGACCCGAAGAGGUGAGCGAAGAGGUCACUUUGAAGAAGAAACCGAAGAAGAAGUCCGUCACCGACGAAGGCGCUGAUGAGGUCACCAUCAAGAAACCCAUUCCUGUACCCGAGGAGAAGAAACCUGAAGAAGUAUCCGAAGAAGUUACUCUAAAGAAAAAGCCAAAGAAGAAGCCUGUCACAGAAGAGGCUGCCGACGAGGUGACGAUAAAGAAGAUCGUGGAACAGAAACAAGAAGACGUGACCGAGGACGUGAUGAUAAGCAGGGCCCAAAAGAAGAAGAAACAGAGUGUCCCCGAGGAGGUGGAGGACGUAGAGGUAACUGUGACGAAGCCAAAGCCAAAGAAACCAGUCGAGGAAGAAACGGAAACAUCCGAAGUCGUCGUCUCGAAAAAGAAGAAACCAAAACCAGUGACCGAGGAAGUCGCUGAAGAGCUAACGGUGCGCAGGGUGGAAGAGGUCAAGGUCACCCCGGAGAAGGAGGUAGUCGAGGAGUUCACCAUAAAGCGAAAGCCACCGAAGCUUCCUCCAAAACAGAUUGAAGAGAUCUACGAGGACGUCACCCUGAAGAAGCUCCGACCGAAGAAGAAACCUCGAACGGACAUCAAGGAGGUGACCGAGGUGGAGAACGUGACCUUCAGGCCACGGACCACGAAGACGAAGGAGGACGUCGAGCAGGAAUUCAAGAUCUCGCUGAACACCUACGAGGAAGAAGACAUCUCUAUGUCCGGAAAGGUGCGACUGAAGCGAAAGAAGAAGCCCUUGACGUACUCCGAAGAGACCGGUGAAGAGACCAUCAGGAUCAUAUCCGAGGUCGAGGACGAUAGUGGGCCGGUCAUCGAAGAGAUCAUCGAUGAGUCCGACGAAGAGGCCAGAGAGGACGACUACAGCAUAGAGGAGCUGGAGACCGACGACUUCAUGUUCCCGAUUAAGCGAAGAAGACCAAAGGAGAAACCUCAACCAUACGCCGUGGAGGACUUCGAGGAGGACGGAGUGACCCUGAAGAAGCCUGGCCAAGAAAGGAAGUACUCCUACGAGGAGACGGACGAGUCGCUGGCUUUGAAGCUGAAGUCGAAGAGACGCGUCUCCACCUACGACGAAGAAGAGGCGACUCUCAGCAUCACCCGGGAAGAGGACAUCUACGAAGAAGAUGAAACGGUGGAGUACAUCGUCAGAGAUGGAGACGCGAUGCAUGCAAUCUGCUCCUACGUCGCCGAAACGGACGAAGCAAUUGACCUAGUCGAAGGCGAAAAAGUCUACGUGAUCGAGCAUACCAACUCGGACUGGUGGUUCGUGAAGAAGCACCUGACGGAGGAGAAGGGUUGGGUGCCAGCCCAAUACCUGCUGAACGAGGCGCACUACACAAUUUACCUGCAGAGCAAGCUCAACGAGAAGAUCGACAAGCUGCCCGUCUUCGAGAAACCUGCGCCUGGGGAGAAGUCAUCAGCUCCGAGGUUCAUCGAGAAGCUGCAGCCCAUCCACACCCCUGACGGAUACACGGUCCAAUUCGAGUGCCAGGUGGAAGGUGUUCCCCGACCCCAGAUCACCUGGUUCCGGCAGACGGCGAUCGUGAAGCCGUCUCCGGACUUCCAGAUGUACUACGACGACGACAACGUCGCGACCCUGGUUAUUCGCGAGGUCUUCCCUGAAGACGCGGGAACGUUCACCUGCGUGGCUAAGAACGCGGCAGGAUUCGCCUCGUCGACGACGGAACUGAUAGUGGAGGCGCCUCUUUCGGACCAUGGGUCGGACAUGACGGGUCCUUCAAGGAAGAGCAUGUCAAGGGAGUCGUCGCUGGCUGACAUCCUGGAGGGCAUCCCACCGACGUUCUCGCGCAAGCCCAAAGCCCGGUGCGUGGACGAGGGUGAGGACGUGAUCCUGGAAUGCCGAUUGGUGGCCGUCCCGGAACCUGAAAUCGUCUGGUACCGAGAGGGAACUCGAGUGACCACCAGGGAAAACGUAGUCGUCGCUACCGAGAGCGAUAUGCACAUGUACUGCAGCGUCCUGAAGAUCACCAAGACCGAGAGAAGGCAGGAGGGAUGUUACAAGGUGGUGGCCAAGAACAGGGAAGGUGAAGCCACUAUCGAGAUCCCUCUCAAGGUGAGAACGGGCGAAAAGGAGCCUCCGGAGAUUCUGGAGCCCCUGAGGUCUUUAACCGUCAGGGAGGGAGAAACCGUCGUCCUCACCACUCAGAUCGUCGGAAAUCCCAUGCCCGAAGUCACCUGGUACAAAGAUGGAAAACCCCUGACCACAGCCAAAAAGGACGGGGACACGAACACCUUGACCCUGGUCAGGCCUCAGCUGCCGGACUCUGGAGAGUACACGGUCGUCGCGACCAACGAGCUUGGAAAGGCAGAAACCACCGCCAGCCUCACCAUAGAGAAAUUACCAAGCGGCGCACCCGAGCCACCUCUCUUCACCGAGCGCUUCCAAGAGUUGACGGUACCUGAGAAAGGAACCUUCAGACUAGCAGCCAAAGUCACCGGCAACCCCGUACCCGAAGUCACCUGGUUAAGAAAUAACAAACCUUUGGAGAAGACCCCCAACGUCACCGAGAGCUACGACGGCGAGAACAUCCUGUUGGAGAUCAGAAACGCGGAUUCCGAGGUGGAUGCUGGCGAUUACAAAUGCGUGGCCAGCAACCCGGUCGGAAAGGCAUCUCACGGUGCGAAAGUCACGGUGGACGUGGAAAAGGUGACUUUCACGAAGAAGCUGGAAAAGAAGAUAACGGUCGACGAGUACAAACCCCUGGAGCUGAUCUGCGAGACCUCGCACACGGUCUCGACGACCUGGUGGCACAACUCGAAGGAGAUCAGCGGUAUGGACCACCGGGAGAUCAUCCAGGAAGGCCGCACCCAUAGACUGCUGAUCAAGAGGUCCAGUUCAAAUGACGAGGGCACUUACAAAUGUACCGUGAAAAAACAGAGCACCUCCUGCGAGGUAACGGUCAGAGCCACCAAGCCGGAAUUCGUGCGGAAGCUCAUCGACUGCGAGGUGAAGGAGCGAGAAGUGGCCAUCCUCGAAGUAGAGAUCACGUCGCAAACCGCCGACGUCACCUGGCAAAAGGAUGGCCAGCCCCUGAAACCAUUGGACGGGAAAUUGGAAUUCGUAAAGGACGGCAACGUGAGACGACUCCUGGUGAGAAGUACCUCGGUCCACGAUGAGGGAGAAUACACCUGUGCCCUCCCUGACGAGGAGUGCACCGCGGAGGUCGUCGUCGUGGAACUGCCGCCGGAGAUCAUCACGAGGAUGAAGGACGUGACCAUCGCCAAGGGUGAGAAGGCAAUGUUCGACAUAGAGCUGACCAAGGGAGACGCUCUGGUCCGCUGGUUCAAGGACGGCAAGGAACUGUCCUUCUCCGACCACGUGCAGCUGGCAAUUGACGGAAAACGUCAGAAAUUGGUCAUCUACCACUCGGAAUUGGAGGAUGCUGGAGUGUACUCGUGCCAGGUCGGACAGCAGACGUCCACGGCGAGGCUGACCGUCGAAAAACCUGACGUCGACUUCAUCACCAGGCUACCGGAAGUCACGCUGGUGCCAUUGAACGAGGACGCCGUCUUCUUCGUAGAGCUCUCGAGACCGGACGUCCCGGUUAAGUGGUUCAGGAAAGGGGAAGAAAUCGAGGACGGGCCUAAGUACACCAUCAUCGACGAGGGUCCCGUGAAGAAGCUGAUCGUCAUGAACUGCACCAUCGAGGACGCCACGGAGUACAGCGUCUCUGCCCUGAACGUCACUAUGUCAUCGAACCUGAAAAUAGAAGCGGAAGACGCGCCGCCAGAGAUCAGCGCGGACUCUCCGAAAUUGUGCAAAGCGAAAAAGGACGACGAUGCCACAGUGACGAUUAAGUAUACAGGAGUACCUAAGCCGACUGCCGAAUGGACAGUGAAUGGAAGAAUCGUUCCCAAAACGGAGAGAACAGUCCCCAGCAUCACCGAGGAAUCUGCGAGCUUGACCAUCCGCAAGGUGCAAGAGGAGGACGCUGGAAAUUACACUCUGAAGUUGACCAACACCUAUGGAGAGGCAACCACAUACGUGGAGCUCGUCGUCCUGCGCAAGCCAAGUAGGCCUCGAGGACCACUGGCCAUCAAGGACCUAGGUCCUGACCAUUUAACUCUGGAAUGGAGGCCACCGAUGGACAACGGUGGCCUCGAGAUAGACAAGUACAUCGUCGAGAAGUGCGAAACGAGCAAGAAGGUCUGGACAAAGGUCUCCGACGUGGAGAAAAGUGUACAGAGCUUGCUCGUGCAGAAAUUGCUGCCGGACUGCGAGUACAUGUUCAGGAUCGUCGCGAAGAAUCCUGUAGGCUCCUCGGAGCCCCUCGAAUCGGAUGCCGUAACUCUAAAACACUCCUACGAAAAACCAGGACCACCGAGAGGGCCUCUAGAGGUGUCCGGGAUGACCAAGACCUCAUUCACGAUAAAGUGGCAGCCUCCCGAGGAAGACGGAGGCGCGCCUAUCUCGGAGUACCUCGUCGAGAUCAAGGAGACAUCGAAAAAGACAUGGCAGAAGGUCGGUUCCACCAAGGGAGAGACCACCAACAUCAGCGUCUCCGACCUGAAAACGGACGUGGCCUACGAUUUCAGGAUAACAGCGAGGAACAUCGCAGGAUCGGGUCCUCCGUUCCUGUCGGAGGAGCCGAUAGUCGCUGGCAAGCGAAUCACACCACCAUCGUGCCCGCUUAACGUCCAUGUGACCGCGGUGACCAGCAGAAGUGCGACCAUCGCAUGGUCACCACCUUCCAGCAAUGGAGGCACGGAACUUACAGGGUAUGUGAUAGAAAAGAGGGCGCUCGUCGGUAAAGGGGCAAGGUGGAGCAAAGUGGUCACCCUGGAUGCGAAUACCCACGAGUACUGCAUCGACAACCUGAAGGAGAGCGAGUUCAUCUUCAGGGUCUUCGCCGAGAACUGCAUGGGCCUCAGCACGCCAGCCUCUUCGGAGCCAGUAUUGCUGAAGACUCAUGCGACGGUUCCUUCGCCCCCGACUGCGCCUCUGGAGAUCAGGCAGAUCGCCGGGAACACGAUCAUGCUGGAAUGGGGCAGACCGGAGUCGGAUGGAGGUGCUCCUUUGGAGGGAUACAAGAUAGCGAUCCGAGACAUGAGGAAGACCAUGUGGAUGGAGGUCGGCCGAGUGCGCGCGGACAUCCAGAAGUUGACCAUCAAGGACCUCCAGGAGAACCACGACUACCUCGUCAGGAUCUUUGCGAGGAACGAGGUCGGCCUGAGCGAGCCUCUGGAGUCCGACGAGCCCUUCAAGAUCGUCCCCAGCUCCGAAUUAACGGUGGUGGAGCCCCUUGCCGAGGCCACCGACCGAGGAGACACGCCAUCCCUAAGCUACAGCACGGAAAACACGAGUUCCUGGCUACGCGAGAACAACAUGGACGCGGACAUCCAUUCGUACGCUCGCGGCCGGUUGCUGAGGAAGGACGAGUACUUCUUCCGCAUCUGGCAUUACGCUAAAAAGCUCUUCAAAUAAGCGACGACCCCAGGUCCUCCAUACUUAGUCAAGAGAAGAACAAGAAACCAAGUAACAUCCCUCCGGGGAAGUCCCGAUCCCCCGGGAUGCAGGAGGAGCUCAAUGGACCAAUACCCCGGGUACUCCGGGGAUCUUUUUUCCCGGAAUAUUCCCAAAACACGGGUCUAGCCCGUCUCCAGACUGGACGUAGGUAAGCCUCUCCAGGUCUACGCCCUAGAGCAAAAAAAUGGUAAUGUCAUAAAACGGGAGAAAAAAGUGCAUAUACAUAUACGUAUAUCUAUUUAUAAGAACGUGAGUCCGCAGCCCCAUUAGAGGGGCUCGGAUUCGCUACGCGUUGACUUUUCCAUACGGAGAGCUAAACAGACGAAACCACCCGCCGUAGAGGCGACGCCAUUGCGGACGACUUGUGAUAAUCGUUAAUUCGCGAGGCGCCAUUUAUAUGUCUCGUCUCGCCCAGAGCGAGGCGGCGGGUGGUCCUUACGUUAACUACUUAAGUAAGCUUGCGAUCAUCGUACCUAGUAUUUAUUACACGCCACCGCGGCGACCACGUCGCCGACAAGAAGGAGAUCGUGGAGGAUUAUAAUGUACAUUUCCUUGGGUUACCGCGACGAGUCGUCCAGAGCCUAAGGAGCCUUUAACAGGAGAAGCGCCAUGUGGAGUCGGUAUUGCGAGACGUAAAUAUAGGUGCUAACAUCGACGAUAUUUACCGAUUCCAUGUCGCGUCCCUUCUCCGACACCCAAGCGAUGUUAAACAGUUUCAUGGGGUUAAUAAAGUGAUGCAGAAUAUCUUCGAAAA